AUGGUGUUUCCGGACUACUACUUCUUUUCCGAAAGACGUUUGGUAAACCAUACCAUUGAAAAGAAAGGCGUCAAUAACUUGGAUGACUGUGAGCUACUGUGCUACCUGAACGACCACUGUGUCAGUCUUAACUUCGAAAAAGAUCCAGAGAAUAAUAGACCACUUCACAUCUGUGAACUAAAUAACGCCACUCAUCUAAAAUACGACAGUCAUUUGACAACUAAUGCCACUUUUUAUUAUCGCGGCUCGAAGGUGAGUUAAAAAUCGAUUUUUCUAAGUUAUCGCCUUUGAAUAAUAUAAUAACAAAAAUUAAUGUUUAUACAAAUUUUUGUGUAUUCGAUCAUUCGGUAUUUCGUUUCUCCUUUCAUUUUAAUUUUUCUUUUUCUUUAGAACGCUUGUGACAAGAGUCCCUACUGCGAAAAUAACGCAACUUGCCAGUCUGGAUUUACACUCAAGGGAUAUCGAUGCCUGUGUCCUCCUGGAUUCAAAGGAGAAUAUUGUGAAAAGGGUAUGAGUCUAAGUCAACACUUGAAAUGAACCUCUAUGAAAUUUUUUUGAUGACAACUGUUCUUUAGUUGCUGAAAGUGGCGUGAAUUUAUCUCCUCGUAUAAGGUGCUGAAUCUUAGAAUCUAAGAAAAAUUUCUUACUAUAUUUUAUUGAGCGUGUGUAAUGUAUUCUUCGUUCGCUUGUUUAUAUAUUUUGGUUUUGUUUUGUUUUGGUUUGUUUGCUUGUUUGUGGUUUUUUUGUUUUGUUUUUGUAUUUGUAUUUGUUUUUGUUUUUUUGUUUUAUUCUUUUAUUUUUUUUAUUUACCUUGAAUGUUCGACGCCUUUCCAUGGCAAAAUAAGAGCAGUUCAUACGUAUGUCGAGUGCUUAAUAUAGGAACUGCAAGGAGAGCUCAGAAACAAUAGCUCAAUUGAAAAGUACGGCCACAGAACUACUAAAAGCAGGAAGCUACAAAUAAAUUGAGGUUUUCGUGAGUUGCUGAGUUGCUGAGUUUCUAUGGCUGUUUGAUAGAAAUCAAAAUGCUUAUAUCUGUAAUUGAUAUUUAUUCAUGUAUUUUUUUUUGGUCCUUCUUUCUUUCUAAUUUUACGACAGAUAAAUGUGAGGCAUUCAUUGGCAAAUGUCACAAGGAGGCUACGUGUAAUAACACAAACGGAUCAUACGUGUGCAUAUGCAAAUCUGGAUUUAUCGGAGAUGGGCAUAAUUGUACAGGUAACCUUCAUUAGUCUCAAAAGCCUUUAGAUUCUUGUUGAAUAGUGUAAUGAGAUUUUGUUUGGUUGGUUGUUUGUUGAUGUUUAUUUUGGUAACGUGGCAAGCCAUAUUUUAGUUGUUUAGAAUAGGUGAGACAGUUACCUGACUAAAAGUUAUUAAGAGAUAGGUUUUUUGCGUAGACAACUUUUUUUCAUCAGGUACGACAAUCUCGCGUUCUCGCAAUCCAGCAAAAGAUUGAAAACAGCCACAGCUUGCACUCUUUAAACACGGUAAUGGCUUAUGCACAACAAUUUUUGCAUAAUUUCGAAAUCCCAUUUUUUUUUUAUCUGUGAUUUCAUAGACAUUGAUGAGUGUAAAGGAAACCACUCUUGUCACGAGAAUGCAAACUGUACCAACACCAAUGGAUCACAUUUAUGCGAUUGUCAGCCUGGAUAUACUGGAAAUGGACAAAAUUGCACAGGUAAAUUCGGAAUAGCAAGGAAAUGCGACCAUGGAUGAUUUAUUUUAUUUCGUUCUUUCUUUUUUUGUAUAUAUAACGUGUUUUGUGCUCCCCUAGCAAAACAAAAGCAGUUUAAAGCGUAUGCUUUAGAUAACACAGUAAAGGCUUAUGCCACGGCAAUAUUUGCACAAUCCUGAAAUCCCAUUUUUUCAUCUAUGGUUUCAUAGACAUUGACGAGUGUGAAGGAAACCACUCUUGUCAUGAGAAUGCAAACUGCACCAACACCAAUGGAUCACACGUAUGCGAUUGUCAGCCUGGAUAUACUGGAAAUGGACAAAAUUGCACAGGUGAAUUCGGAAUAGCAAGGAAAUGCGGUCAUUGAUGAUUUAUUUUAGUUCGUUCUUUCUUUUUUGUUAAUAUAACGUGUUUUGUGCUCCCGUUACAAAACAAGAGCAGUUUAUAGCAUAUGCUUUAGAUAGUCUUUGCCGUACCAGAGAAAAAAAUCGAAAAAUAGCGGUUUGAAUUGUAGGUCCAACCCAAGAAUCGGAUGAAACAAAAAAAUUGCAAACGAGUAUUCCACUUUUUUUCACAUACAUGUACAUGUAUGACUUUUGAAUAAAACGCAAAUCCCGUUUUUCAUUCUUUUCUCUUUUUUUUUUUUUGACAGAUAUUGACGAAUGCAAAACAUAUCCCUACAAAUGUCACGUAAAUGCUCUUUGUAAGAACACGCACGGAUCACACGUUUGCACAUGCAAACCUGGAUAUACUGGAGAUGGACGCAACUGUACAGGUACAGUCAAUAAUCUCAGGAGCCUUCAUAUUCGUUUUGACUAUUAUAAUGAAUUUUUGUACGUUGUUGCCGAAGCGGCUAGAGCGCGAACGAAGUGUAGAGAUAAACACUAGACGUAGUCGAGAAGUAUUUGCGUCUCUGCUCACGUUAUGAUAGCGUUAAUUACGGUGCUUGGCAUGUUUUGAAACCUUAAUUUGGUUCUUCUAUGGCGUGACAGUUUUAGCUCAGCCUUAUGUUUUCAGUACUCCGAUAGAGCACGCUUUUUCGACCGAUGACAGCACGCGUUAUAUCCGAACUUUAUCAUAAUUAGUAUUGGAUUAUUUGUAUUACACCACCUUAAAUGAUGUUACGGACCCCUUCAUCAUUGAUGGUUUUUGUGUCUUUCUGCCUUUGGAUGGGCGUUGCAACAAUAAUAGACGACGGCGUGAAACAUUCUUUUGAGUGAUAUUCUUUGUAGCUUGAUUUUGACGUACACAUUGCAUUUGACGAACACAUUGCUGCUUAGUUGUAUGUAAAACUACUUUAGCUGCGCCUUAAGUUUGCUGAAAGCUGUCUUUUAAUGCGUUAAUGCGUUACACAGAUUCAGAUACUACUUUUCGUAGUUAAUAAAUUUUAUUUCCCAUAUUUAUUUCCUAGCCUCAUGGUCUAAAAAUGUCCCACACAAGUAUUACUUCACCUCCUUUUUUAAUGUAGUUGUCAUUUCUAAGUCCUGUUGUAAUAAUUGUUUCACUUUGUAGCCGAUCCUUGUUAUCAUUAUAAAAACCUGAGUGAUGCCAAUAGAAAGAAAAGUUACAUAACAAAAUCAGAUCUGUGUGACAAGCAACUUGCUGAGGGAUGGUAUCGUUUUGUGGGAGCUUCGGGAACAAAAAUGCCAACAACGCGUGUGCCAGCAUUCAGAUGUGGUACAAACUGGUCAGGCUGGUUGGAUGGUGCUCAUCCUACAGUGGAAGAUGGUAAAGUUACCAGAAAAGUCUGCUUUAGUGAUCGCUCUACUGGUUGCAUAGGCUCAAAGAAGAUUUUUGUUAAAAACUGUGGAUCAUACUAUAUCUACGAACUUUUCAAGCCUCCAAAAUGUAAUUUGCGUUACUGUGGUACAGACUGAAUGUAGAGCAAAAAUUUUAAGAAAUAAGAUAACUCAUAAAUUGAACCUGAGGUACACUUAGGGAUUUUGCUAAGUCUUCUUUAAUGAUAAUCAUUCAUUUUUUCUGUCGAUUUUAUACGCUGAUGAUGUCCCUUUAACGGGUAAUCAAAAAUACUUUGAAUUUCACAAUUUACGAAGUAUCUCUUUCGUAAUAGUAAUCACGAAUAACUAAUUUCUGUUAAAAGAACUACUAGCGAAUACAAAGAAAAGCAUAGAAAAGUAAAUGCUUAGAUGGUGAAAUCUUUAACAAGCAGGAACAUCAUUCAGCAUGAUAACCAACAAAAUAUGACGAAACGCGUUUCCAUAAGCAUUAGAAGCUGCUAUGCAGGAUGCAAUAUAUAGCACGGCAUGAUAAUUUUAGCUUCAGUUUGUAUAGGUAAUCACUUGAUUUCGAGUGCAAUUUGGAAUAAAUAAGCACGAGUAAAAUUUUUCAAAGAAUAACAAAAUUACACGAGCUCUUAGGGCGAGUGCAAUAUGUGAUCUUUGAAAAAAUUUACAAGUGCUUAUUUAUUCCAAAUAGCACGAGAAAAAUCACGUGAUUACGUAUUAAUGAUAUACAUGAAAAAAUACGAGAUAGCUUAUCAUAACUAUGCAGAAGCAAAGCGCGCAUCAAGUGCAAAAAUAACUUAUUCAAACCGUGCGUUCUGUAAAAACAACCGCGUAAAAUCAAAACAAUAAUAUUAUGCCUGUGAUGAUAGUGAUCACAUAGAAAAAUUACAUAUGUGGCUUCGCUUCCUAUAGGGAGAGGUAGCCACAUAAAUUGUGAUUAGGAAUCACCAGUGGAAAGCGCUAUCAUAGACUGGUAAUUAGGUGUGAUCAUAGCCUUGGAAGCCUGUAAUGAUAACUUGAUCACACUGGAAAAUAACGUAUGUGGCCUUCCCUCCUUCAGAAGGCAGAAGACACACAAAUUGUGAUUAGGAAUCACGAGCGGAAAGCGUCAUUACAGACAGGUAAUUAGGUGUGGUCAUGGCCUUGGAAGCCUGUGAUGAUAACGUGAUCACAACGAAAAAUAACAUAUAUUUUCGCCACAUCAACUGUGAUUAGAAAUCACAAGCGGAAAGCGUGAUCGUAGUAUUUAGAUGUGAUCACGGCCUGGGAAACCGCAAGGUACCAAGAUGUUUCUGUGUGAUGAGCAUUAGAGACUGCCUUAGAAAAAAAUUAAAGAUUUAAAAACGGCUUUAUGAGCUAAAAACAAUUGGUCGCAAAACUAACCGAAGUAAACGCAUACAAAAAACAUUUCAAUUAUGUUUUGUUGAAUCUCCGCAGCAUUUAACUCACCAAGAGAUGUUACUUUGUGAAAGUUUUUUGCUCCAUUGAAACAUAAAUAUUUGGGGUCUUCCACGAAAAAUCUUGAAAACAGUACAACUGUUCCUUGUAGUAAAAAUGUACAACUAGAAAAAUUUUUGAAAGCCACCAUACCAAUAUGUAUUUGAGAACGUUUGAUCCACUUUACGGAAUCGUGAUGUAAACUAAUUAUUAAACGAAUAAUGUUUCCUACAUCUAUCUGUUUUUAUAAUCAAUAGCCCGCACUUUCUAUCGGUUUACCAGCCUAAAAACCAAUGCAUGACGUUGGGAGAACACGAGAAAAUUGUGUGAAUCACGAGCCGGAGGUAGGAGUCGAGUGAUUGUAAGACUUUUCGUUUAUAACGCCAGUUAUCCGAAAGAGAGUACCGCCUAUUGCUUCUAUAAAGUAAACUCAACGCAAAACCCAGUAUGGUCAAACUUUCUAUGGGAUUACCGGUGCAGUAAACGAUAGAAAUUGAUCUGUCAGGGCGCUUGUAGUAUCUCAGUUACUUUGUAAUGACAUCAUGAUUUAACAAUGAAAUAUAAUAUCAGUUUUGCUUUAACAGGAUGAUAUAGCAAACGCGUCAUUAACGCCUUGGAAAUCUGGGGAAGAGUGGGGGGAAUCUAGCAGUAGAAAAAACGUUUAGAAGCCGCGCUAUCUGAUAAAGAACUUAGUUGAACAUGGUGGAUGUUUAAAUCACUAAAACCUCAGUUGGUCCUAAGGCCCGAAACAACCAACAAAGACCCCAAAAAUGUAGGAAAUUAAACUUUCCAAGGACCAAAAAUGUUAUCCUCAUCCGACAUUUGUCUACAUCCCUCUUCAGUAAAUCCUAGAUUGCAUUGUGUUUGUAAAACUAAGAGUGUGUCUACGAGAGCACCGGGCAAUCGUGCUGUAUGCCAUCUCACCGAGUUCAAUGAAAGUUUGUCAGUUUAAAGGGUCUACUCCAAAACUAAAAAAGACAAAGUGGUUUCUGUUUUGGUUUUUUCCGGGGGGAGAUUGACCAUCCCCCGGUUUUUCUUGGUUUUCACUAAGGAAAUCGCCUAUCAAAAUAGGUAAAAUGUAUGAAGCUCUCACCGCAAUGGCAUUUAACCAAUUACUCUGAAGGUUUGCACACAUAUUAAUAUCAUCCUUAGUAAAUGUUCGACGCAAGUAUCAGUCAAUUUGAUUGACGGCUUGUGAAUCAACAGAGGCAAGUAAACGACUGUGUUUUUAGACUUUUCGAUUCAUUUAAAUAUUUGACAACUUUGAGAUCAAAUAUCUCCCCUCAGUUGCCAGAAAGGUACAACAAUAAUCUUAAUUCCCCUUUAAAAUCUAUCAUUUCAUCUCUGAAAACCAUCAAAAAAAUCUUUGGGCACUACUGAAUUUUUUUCUUGGAUGCCUUUUAAAAUCUGCAACUGGGACAAGUUUCUCUGUCACCUGUCACGCAAUUCUGGCUGUAGACAGUGACCAAAUAUACCCACAUUUUUUAGCUCUUCUUUCAAGAUGAUUGAUCACGAAAGCUAAAAAAUGUGAAAAACUUUCGAGGUUUUUUUUUGAAGGAACUGAAAUUUCACGCUAAGAGAGAUGAAUGUAGGCGAAAAAUCGAUGGGGAAAUCCUAGCGUUUCUUUCUUCUGUCGUUUAUUACUUUGAAUACUUUGAAGAUUUGCUAAAACCAGGAAAUAGGGCUCUUGUACAGAAUAAAACAUUAAUUAGUCUAUAAUUUGGUUGUUUAUGAUCAUUAUCGCACAGUUCACAAUAAGGAAACUGUAACAGGAGAGGAGAUUUUAAAGUCACAUGUCGCGUGCUUGUUGAAGCACAAGUUCCCGUGUGUAACAUCUUCGGCUUUUCCAGACCAAGGAUGACAGGAAACCUUACCACCCUCAUUUGAAAGGAAAUAUCAACAGCCCCAUAAAAUUCAUUAACUGCGCCAUGUUUCCAGAAAUUAAGACUGGAAAAGGUUUUCCACUUUCCACCAUCAAGAAAUUCCACGCAGAAAUAAUAUUUGUAGUGUGACUGCGUGACCUUUCAGAGAAGUAAAAAUUAUUCAUCUUCUUUUUCAAGAAAACGCUUCUAGAAAGUUCUUAACCCUUCUUUUAUUUAAUUGGCCUUUCUUUUGACUGCAGAUAUCGUCUGAAUUUGGUAUAUUUUCGCUGAUUGUCAGGGCUUUUCCCGCAUGCACGCGCGAUCCAGUUGCUAUACAGCACUCUGUCGAGUUUCUUUGCGUGGUGUCGGGCCUAGGUGUGUAGGUCUGGCUUAAAAGAUAUCUGCACGCUGCAACACGGGUUCUUAUGUUUUCUCCUUUUUCUUUAUUUCUAUUUUUAUUCUCUUUCUUGCAUUAUCACACUUGCAUGUUUUUUUAAUCCCCUCAGCGCGUUCCCUCAGAUUUGGAAGGAGGCUGUGAAAAGUCAAUAUUGACCAGAACUGAAACCUUUUCUAUCACUAUUUUUUUCAAAGACCCCUGUUAUUUAUAACAUUAUUUCUGAAGGGUCUUGAUAUUAGCAGGCAAGUAAAGAAUUUAAAGGAAGCGACAAAACUUUUGAGCAAAAACAUGUAAAACAUGUUUCGCAUGGGGAUUGUAAGUUUGACGAAUUUCAAAUUUUGCCGCUUGAAUUGAAAGUAAAGUUCAUUUGAAUUGCUUUCGUAUGUAUUUCUUACGGUUUUAGAUCUACCUGCUUGAUUUAUAUCGGUUACGCUUCAUGUUGAUAAGUCCCUCAAAAUGGCGGCCAAACUUGGAGAUUGCCGAAAAUUAGAUAAGUUCACGGAGUUAUAAAGUUCUCGUAAAGGUCGGGCCGCAAAGUUUUUUUCUGUAGUUACCUUUUCUAUGGCACCUACUUCCUAGCUAUGUUAGUUGAAUCAGUUAAGAACGCCUCACUUUUUCAAAAAUUUACCUUGAAUUUGAUCGGUUUUGGCGUGUGUGAUUUAGGCGAACCGAUAAGGUGUCAUUCAAGUCUUCCUGUUUCCUUGAUUGACACAUGAUGUUUACGAAAGUCGCCUCGAUAGAUAAGAUAGAGUUAAUAUACAUGGCUGUGAUAUUUGUUUUUUGCUGAGUUCCGUAGUUUUUAAUAAAUUGUCCUCCAAAGUUUUAUGAAAUUAAAGUCUUGAAAAGUGUCGCGACAAGCCUUCGCUCGAGUGAAAUUUAAUUUCCGUAAAACUCUGAAAAAUAAAGAGAUCCGAUCAAACUGAUUGCGGUUUUAGUGUAGGUACAUGGAUGUCUUACAACACACGAGAAACGAGCAAAAUCCGUGUCUCAAGCAAAAUCGACCGGACUGCUCUUACAGAGACAUUCUCUUGAUGUUCCUACAUUAUUUUAAGACCAUAAAUACUGUAAUGUUUCCAUCAUGGCUAAAAGGCCGUUUUCCUUCAGCGUUAGUAGCAUUGCUAUGGCAAGCUGGGUUUGACCUCCCGAACCGAUUAUUUCAUGAAUGCGUGAGUAAAAACCAGGCCAAUUAUAAUUUACCCUUUGUGAAGUAUAAGAUGCGAGAUUCAGGAUGAAGACAAUAACAUACAAGAUGCUUCGCAAGGUAAAUCUUGCAAGCUUCACCACAAUACUCAGCAUUUCCUAGAUUGUUAACUCCAUAUACUUCAUAUGCAUGCACUUACUUCGUUUUAAGGCGCCACCGAAACACAGUUAACAAAAGAUGAAUCUUAAUCGUUGGAAAUAACUCUACAUGAACUAUACUCCAACAUUUUGGUCUUUUGGUUGUUGCAAAAAAAAAAAAAAAGGCAAUUUAUCGCCUGCCUAGAUGAAGUAUUCUCUAUUUCGUUGAAAACACGAAUAAGACCAGUCAACAGUUAGAAGACAACUAUCUGAUUACAACUAGAGCGACGCACGCUAACUGAGUUCCUUGAAAAAUGCGAGUCUCUUAUAGCUGAGAUGAAUCCCAUGUUUUAAAAGCUGUCUUCGAAACAAUUUCAAAAUUCUUUUCUGGAACAUUUUCUUGAAUUUAUAUGCAGUUCCUCGCCUCAGAAACAAACAGAAACAUAAAGAAAGAUUCAUUCAAAAAAAAUUCGUCCGUACAUAAGCUCUAAAGAUUGUUUGAGAGUUGUCAAUUUCAGAGACUAAACCAUCCUUGAGUCGAGAUUAAUCCAAUUGUAAUUUAAACAAUAGAGACUUACGAACUAAAUUUGUGGCUCAUACAAUUUUUCCAACGUUUUAUUUCUUUGAUUAAAUUGAAGUUCGAAAUUGCUCUGCCAUUUUUCAAUGGCAUAUCACUCUUAAUGAGAACUUAAACAAUUUUAAGUGUAAAUUAAAAGUUCGAGUACCUUUAAACGAAUAUAUAUAUAUAUAUUUUUUUUUUUUUUUUUUUUUCAUUUUAAAUUUCUUUAAUUGGAAAAGUAAAAACAAAACAAAGCAAAAAAAAUCCGCGUUUUCCACCGAAGAAUAAGGCAAGCUGGAAAGAACAUAAGAGAUCAUUUAUUAAUGAAGUAAUUUUGUGUCUCAUAGAAAGACAUUAAUAGCUUCUGGUAUAUCUGCCUCGUCUGUCAUCUUGAACAAAACAUUUACUAUGUUAAAUGAUAAGGAAUAUGUAUUGUUUAUUCUGGUAAAAGUGCGCUUGAACUAUGUUUUAAAACUCCUAAAGAGCGCGUGAAGCCGGCUAAAUGUUUCAUCGUGUCAGGUUGUUGCGAUGCGAUGAUUUCAUCAUACGAAUGGAAAACAUUGUGCCUUUUGUCUAACUUGUGGUGACAAAGCCCUGGGAAGAAGAGCAACGAUUUGACAAAAAUAGCCGGAAAUUUUGAAGUAAUUUCGAGCCAUCAUUACGUAUUGAUUUAAAGUUUCUUGAGACUAGACAUUAGACAAUUCAAAUAAAUAUGAGUAAUGUUGAAAGAACGCAAGCAAAUUACAAGAACCUGCGUAUCACGAAAAAGAAAAAUUGCCUUAAAACAUAGCGCGCGUGUUUGCCCUAUAUAAGUCCUAUUGAGCCGCUAUGAACAAAAUCUUUAUUUACGCAUGCACGUGCGUACAUAAGAUGACGUGAGCAUUUUUUUUUUACCCGGCUUCAGAGGUUCCGUCCUGUUAAGCUGCAAUGCAGUUUUCUUUCUCUUUGAAAUAAGGAAGAAACCGGCGAAGGACUACCCAAUUUUUCUAUCGGCAUUGACCUUUUAGGUCCUGAUCCAAUAAGCAACAAAAAUAAAUUUAAAAAACUCGCAAAUUGCACGUUUCGCAAAUUUAUCAGUAGACCAGCUGCAGCAAAUUUGGCCGAAAGACAUUCACUGGGAACAAAAAAGGUCACCCACUGGUCAUUAUCAACAUUAAUGGUAAAAUUUCCGUUUUAAUUGUUGUUCUAAAAUUUGUUCAACCUGGGGAAUAAAGUACACAGUUGUUAAUUGGGAAUUUACCAAAACCCAAACAAUAUCACAAUAAAAGGCUUCUUCGCACAGAUCCUUGUUGGCGCUCUGUUGUAAAAGAAUUUGCUCAUGCUUUUAGCUGUGCGUAUAUCGAGUUAUGGAUGCACUUGGGAAGUUUGGAGAACACUCAAAAAGCUAGCGUUGCUCUCGGCUGCGACUCGAGCUACCCUUAUGCAUUUUUCGUGCUUUCCAAACUUCCCGAGUGCAUCCUAACUCGAAAUACGCACGCUAAGCAUCAACAAAUUCUUAAAUAUUUGCAGCGCCAUUAAUCCAUUUCAACUUCACUGUCGAUGACUGAUUAAAAACUUUCAAGCUCAAAUGUAUUUAGCUAUACAUUCGCUGUAUUUGGCAUAUCAAUUUGCAUCGCAAAUUUUGUUUAAUAUGUUUGUCCUCACUGUCAACUUGAAUUUGUAUUGUAGCUGAAAGACCUUGAGGUUCGAGCAAAUCGUGUGUGUUGCUUAUGCUUGUAGUCCGUGAAUUAUGGUCAUUAUGGCUUUCGCGCAAAAUGGAUAUAAAAUUUGACAGAAAAAUAAUUUCCAACACGAAUCGUCAGUAUUUGGUCCAAGACUUCCUCGAGACCAGAGUAAGUUUUCAAACUAAAAUUACGUUACAGUUUGAUGAAAGUCAAAACCAUUUUUGCCGGACUUCCCUUGAGUUCUUAUUGAAGUCUAUCGUAUUUUCUCUCAAAUUCAUCUGCAUUGCGUUUGUUUGACAUAAAUUACAACAACGAUCUAUAAAUAUAAUGCCUUUUGCACCCGACGCAAGGGGCGACAGUUUUAAGGAGUUAAUACUAACAUUUUAUUGUCCAAAACGCAUUCUCCGGUCAAUCCGUUCCAUUAGGUUAAAUUCUUCGCCGGCUACUAUUUUACCAAUUUAGUUUUUGUUGUUUUGUUUUCGUUGUUUUUUUGUUUGUUUUUGUUUUUGUUUUUUUUUUGUGCAAAGAGCCCAAAUAGGAAAAGGAAAGUUCAUUUCUAAUAUUAAUGAUCAUCUUGGCUUGAAACCAACAGUUUCUAUCGUAACCACUGAUAUGCAGCUCGUUUGAAUCCCGUUCACUUUAUGACAGAAGUGAUGAUUUGAAAUAGAAGAACCUUGAAAAAUAUGGAAGUUAAUUUGCAAGGCUCCCAGAGGGAAAAUGAGUCGGGAACUAAAUGUUGACUUGCAGGUCUCAUUUACCUUAAAUCUGCAGCAAUUUUAUCUAAUGUAGGAAACCUGACAAUUUUUUUAUAAUUUAAAAGAUAUUCCUAUGAACGCCUUAGAAGCCAAAUACAAUACUGGAUGGUUCGGCUGAAUCCAAUCAUAAAUUACGUCACACCCUUCCUAAAUAUCAAUUUGCUAUAAUCCUUAAGAUCAAAGUUGCGAUUAACAACAAAAUUCAGAAUUUCGUCUCAUUAACGCACUCCAUUGAAUGUAAUUAUGAAGCAAUUGAAUGUUAUGGCAAUUUAUGUGGCAAAAUCCCUGAGUAUAAUCUGUAGGUUAACACCAAAAGAAUCGUAGCGCGCCAAAUCCAAAGUCUUCCUUUAAAGCAAAACGGAAAACACCACAAAUGCGUUUAUGAGCAGAAAUUAAAACGCGUGCCCACGUAUUUUAUUUGCGUCAAUCAUUUCAAUGGCACUGAACUGACUGUUAUUUACUUUGUUAACAUCCCAUUUUCAAUGCAAAAAGGUCGGUUUCUAUUACUUAAUCCAUUAUUGAAUGCAGGUGGUGUUAUUUCUGUUUAAAACUAAUUUAUUUCCGCCCGUGUUAUUUCCCAUCACUCUUUAUUUUUAUUUUGCUUAUUCACAACAGUUGAUGCACUAAGCUUAUAACGGGUCGUUAUGACAAAACUUAAAUCCUGAACUCAACAAACAUGAUUUUUAAGGGAAGGAACCGUAGUAUUGUAAACUUGUUUUGAAGACAUUGAUGGUAUAUAGAAAGGUUGUGAUACUAUGUUAGUUCACUAUAUUCACCACAGCUAAGCGAUUCUAACAACCUACGUUGACUAGCAAAAGUAAAACUUUAAAAAUGUCAUUCUAGACUUGUACGCUUAGAAAACGUUCGAAAACUGGUAUAAAUCUGUUCAUUGACGCAAGACAAGAAUGUUUUUUUUUCAGCUUCAAUUCGCAUGAAUUUCCUCUGUUUACGAUAACCGUUCGAAGAAAAAAGCCACAGGGAACCUCUUCAGCUUUACAUUCUUUUGAUAAACACUCAAUAGUCAAGCACAUGUUCAUUGAAACUGGUGCUUGACUUUGUCAUAUGUCAUUUCGUGUAUUUCAUCAUUUAGGUGGUUAAUAUCUAAAAAAAAUCGCCUUCAUUUUCAUUAGAAAAUUGGACCGUACUGGAGACCUAAUAACCUUCUUGGACUGAAAUCGCUAAUAUAAUGCAGAAGGAGCACAAUAAGGUUUUACGGGGGUCAGUAAUUAUAUGAUUAUAACACCUUUGGCACCUGACCACAGGGGACACUUUCAAGGAAUUAAUAAUAACAAUUCAUAGUCCAAGAAGCAUUACUCCAAAUCAAUCCGUUGCAUUAGAUUAAAUUUUUCACCUGGUAUUAUUUUACCAGUUUAGCUUUCUGUGCAAAGUGCCUAAACAGGAAGAAGGAAAAUCAUUUCUAAUAUAAAUGAUCCUCUUGGCUUGAAACCAACAGUUUCUAUCGUAACCAUAGCUACAGACAGCGAUAAAAGAAUACGCAUUUGGCUCAAUAACACUAAAGUUGGGCACCACAGACCGUUGGAUCUUUGAAGGUAAGAAAUGAUCAUACUUAAUGCAUGGAUAACUUGAGUUUGGCUUUCAUUCCAUGAUAUAAAUGUAAUAUCCACUCUUGACUCCUCUAUUUCUGUGUACUUGAAAUCAAGCGAAAAUGAAAUUUAUCGAGCUUCCAAAUGUGGGUAUAAAAAAUCAUUUGGCGAGAAAACAUCUUCAGCUAUUUCAAAUAAACAAGAUCGUUAUCCUUAAUUUUUGGUUUCCUACAACGGGAUUCCUUUUUGAACCUUUUCUCAGUGAUAUUUCUUUAAUUUUAUAAUUAUACCCCUCCUCGAAAUUGUAGUUCCAUCGUUACCGUAAAUAUAGAAAAGUGCCAAAUUAUAAAAAGUCAGUGCUGGCGGUUCCAAGCUCGUCACAAAUUGUGAAACUGGAAACGAUAGGAAAUUCCAAAGAGCGAUGAGGGAGGAUUUAAUGCUGUGACGAAGCCCGCUGUUUGAGUUCAAAUUACAGUAAAAAAAAUAUAGAGUUGACGACAAAAAUCUUCUUCAUUUGAAAUAUCCAACUUGUCAAAAACUAUGGAUGUUUUUUCUCUCUGUACUUAUGAAGAUUUCCUUUCAAAAAUUGUUUUGUCUUAUCCUCCAAAAAUUGAUGACUUUGAAAGAGAAGAACCUUGAAAAAUAUGGAAGUUGGUUUUCAUGUCUCCUAAUCAGAAAAAUGAGUCGGGAACUAAUUGUUGGCUCACAGGUCCCGUUAAGUCUGCAGCAGUUUUCUCUAACGAAGGAAAACCUCAAAAUGUUUUAUAAUUUAGAAGGUAUUCAAUGAAGGCCUUGGAGGCGCUUCGAUCAAUUUUAUGAGGUGUUUUCCCCUGAUAAUUAAAAAAAAAAAAAGAAAGAAAAAAAAAAAAAAAAAAACAAAAAAAAAACGCUGAAUCCAUGGAUCGAUCUUGUAAAUUUGAAGGUGUUGUUUCUCAGAAACUCGAAAGAACUUGACUUUUUAUGUGACUGCAGUAACGGAGUUUGUUUAUCUAAUGUUCUCAAGAAUAUGUUUAUAAAGUUAUUUCCUUAAACGCACUCCAUUGACUAUAGUCAUGGAAAUUUUUGUGGCAAAAUCCCUGAGUCUAAACUGAAGGUAAACACCGAUAGAAUCGUAACUCGCCAAAUCCAAAGUCUUUCCAUAUAUCCCAAACGCGUGCCCACGUAUUUUAUUUGCUUCAAUCAUUUCAAUGGGUCUGGACUGACUGCUAUUAAUUUAGUUAACAUCCCAUAUUCAAUACAGAAGGGUCGGUAUCUAUUACUUAACCCAUUAUCGAAUGGAGGUGGUGUUAUUUCUGUUUAAAAAUAAUUCAUUUCAGCUCGUGUUAUUUCCCAUCACUCUUUAUUUUUAUUUGCUGAUUCACUAUAGUUGAUGCUCUGAGCUUAUAACUGGUCAUUGUGACAAAACUAAAAUCCUGAACUCAACAAACAUGAUUUUUUAAGGGAAGGAACCUUAGUCUUGUAAACUUGUUUUGUUGACAUUAAUGGUAUUUAGAAAGGGUGUGUUAUUAUAAUGAGCCAUUGACAGUCUUCAUACAAUCCUGAUGCAUCGAGGCAUAGGUCGUAAUUUUCUCAUCAAAUUUAUUGAAUUUCUGUAUUUUAAGAUCAGGCGUUUACGAGAGAUUUUCUGUUUGUUCAAUCUAAAGAGCUUAUUAGAACUCGUCAUUUAUUGAUUUUGACGUUAAUGAAUGCGAGGGAAGAUAAAAUGACUUAUCAAUUUGGACUUAAAAUUAUUUUAGUUUUGUGCGUUCCUGUAUUAUUUCGAAUAAUUAGCAGGGCAAAACGGGAAUAUAUUUUAUUCGAUGUAGUGAAGCGGGUGGUACGUCUUAACAACUACAAAUACGAUAUUCGAAAUUCAAAAAAGAGUUUCUCUUAUUAAUUUCGUCGAAUUAGAACAAGAGACUCACAAUCCAUCAAAGAACGCGACUUAUUUUAUAAUUUCAGAUUUACUUCAAGAUAAAGUCUAAAUUAAGAAUUCAUCUUUUUUGGAAAAUGAAAGCGAAUUAGGUUAAAUUUUUUACCUAGUAUUAUUUUACGAGUCUAGCUUUUGGUGCAAAGAGCCCAAACAGGAAGAAAGUAGUUCAUUUCUAAUAUUAAUAUUCAUCUUGGCUUGAAACCAACAGUUUAUAUAUCGUAACCAUACCUACCACAAAGUAAUAAAAGAAAGCACGUUUGGCUCAAUAACACUAAAGUUGGGCGCCAAAGAACGUUGAAUAUUUGAGGGUAUAAAGUGAUAUAUUUAAUGCAUGGAUAACUUGAGUUUGACUUUCAUUCCAUGAUGUAAAUUGAAUAUCCACUCUUAACCUCUUUAUUUUUGUGCGGCUGAAAAAAACGAAAAUGAAAAAUACCGAGCUUUCAAAUGUGGAUAUAACAAACUUUUGGCGAAAAAACAGCACGCUAUUUGAAAUAAACAAGAUCAUUGUCCUUAAUUUUAGUUUCCUACAAGGGUUUACUUCUGUAGAAAUUGUAGUUCCAUCAUUACCGUAAAUAGAGAAAAGUGCCAAAUUAUAAAAAGUCAAUGCUGGCGGUUCCAAGCUCGUCACAAAUUGUGAAACUCGAAACGACUGGAAAUUCCAUAAAGUGAUGAGAGAGGUAUUGAUGCAGUGACGAAGUCCGCUGUUUGGGUUCAAUUUACGGUAAAGAAAAAUAGAGUUGAUAACAAAAAUCUUCUUCAUUUGAAAUAUCUAACUUGCCAAAAAUUACAGUUGUUUUUUUCUGUACUUAGAAAGAUUUCCUUUCACAGAUUGUUUUGUCCUAUCCCUCAACUUAGACCAAUAUGCAGCUCAUUUGAAUUCCGUUCAUAUUAUGACAAAAGUGAUUAUUUUGAACAAGAAGAACCUCGAAAAAAUAUGGAAGUUGAUUUACAUGGCUUCCCAUCAGAAAGAUAAGUCGGGAACCAAAUGUUGGCCCACAUGUCUCUUUAACCUUAGGUCUGCAACAAUUUUAUCUAACGGAAGAAAACCUGAAAAUGUCUUAUAAUUUAAAGGUUCUUCCAAUGAAGGCCUUGGAAGCCAGAUCCCAUACUGAAUGGUUUGGAUGAAUCCAAUCAUAAAUUACGGUACACCUUUUGCAAACAUCAGUUUUGCUAUUAUCUUUGAGAUGAAAAUGGCGUUUAAAACAACAUUCAGGGGUUCUUCUUUGACGAUCUUUAUUCAAUCCUUAUGUAUCGAGACAUAGGUCGUAAGUUGCUCAGAAAAUUUAUGGAAUUUUUUGUUGUUUAAUAUCCACCAUCUAGGGGAGAUUUAUUGUUUCUUCAAACUAAAGAGCUUAUUAGAACUCGUCAUUAAUCAAUUUUGACGUUAAUGAAUGUCGGGGAAGAUGAAAUGGCUAAUAACUUAGGACUUCAAAUUAUUGCGUUCCUGUAUUAUUUCGAGUAAGUAGGAGGGCCAAACAAGAAAAUAUUUUGCUCGCUGUAGUGAAGUGGGAGGUACAGCUUAAUAACUUCAAACACGAUAUUUUAAAUUCAAAAAGGAGUUUCUCUUAUUCAUUUUGUCGAAUUAGAACAAGAGACUCACAAUCUAUCCAAGUACGUGGCAUAUUUUAUAAUUUCAGACAUAUUUCAAGAUACAGUCUUCAUAAAGAAUUCGUGUUUUUGGAAAAUGAAAGCUAACUGAAUGUUUUUUUUAGGCGGAUAAGGUUACGCCAGCCUGUCUGCUCCCACACACCGAUUACCAUUAUCCGCAGGAUUUCGUGAGAGGGACUUUCGGUACCUAAGAUCUAUUUUUAUUACCAUAUUUUUGUGAGAAUUUUCUUUUCGUCAAUUAUUGACGCUUCAAUUAAACUUGUAAGGAGUUUCCCCUGAGAAUGAAACAAAAAAAACAAAACAAAGCAAAACAAAACAAACACACAAACGAAGAAACGUUGAAUUUAUGGAUUGAUAUUGAAAAUUGGGAGUUCUUAGAAACUCAAGGGAACUUGGCUUUUUAUGUGACUCUAUGACAUUAUUCACCUAAUGUUCUUAAGAAUAUUUUUAUGAUGUUAUUGUCUUAAACGCACUCCAUUGACUAUAAUUAUGAAGCAAUUGAAGUUAAUGUUAUGGAAAUUUGUGUAGUAAAAUCCCUUUUUCUAAUCUGUUGAUGAACACCGAUAGAAUCAUAGCCCAUCAAAACCAAAGUGUUUCUAAUUGGCACAAAGGAAGACAUUGGAAACGUGUUCAUUCGCAAGCUUUAAAACGCGUACCCACGUAUAUUAUUUGCAGGGUCAGGACUGACAACUGUUAAUUAUGUUAACAUCCCAUUUUUAAUACUAAUAGGUCGGUUUCUAUCACUUAAAUUCAUUAUCAAAUACAGGUGGUCGAAGCGAAAUUUGUGGCACACUGAAAGCAUCAAUACUGAGCUCCGUUGUUUUGAGGAAGCAUGGAAUUUUCAGCGUUUUUGGUAUUCGCAGUCUGGACUUCAUCGACGACUUACUUGACGUUUGGUAAAGGUGAGUUACAAAAUGCGCAUCAUUUUCCAUCCCUAUAUUCAUACUCCAGCCCUUGCUAUCUUAUUUUCCGUCAUUCUUUAUUUCUAUUUCGCUGAUUUACAACAGCUGAUGUACUGAGCUUAUUAACCUGUCGUUAUGACAAAAUUAAAAACCUCAAUUCAAAAAAGAUGAUUUUUAAAGGAAGGAACCUCAGUCUUGUAAACUUCUUUUGUAGAUAUUAACAGUAUUUAACAAAGGCGUAUUAUUAUGAUGAACCAUAUCGGAAAUUUUCAGUUGUUACAAAAAAAGUAAGAACUGCUACAAUGAAGAAUUGCUUCAUUCAAAACAACUUCAAUCCUAACGCUCAUCAGCUCAUAUUUACAUGGAAGGAUAAUCAAUUCUAUUAAAAACAUUUCGUUGUUGUGUUGCAGACGGGAAUUCGAUAAUUUGCAUGGAAAAAAAAUUGGACGCUCUUAGCCAACUUAAGCGAAGUUAUUUUUAUAGAAGGACAAUGCUGGCAUUUGGAAUAGACCAAUUUAUAGUAGUUUUAAAUAUUUGCCUAUAAGAAUAGGGUAGCCCGUCUUCAUAUAAUUUAAUCAUUGUGUGGGAUUGAAAAAAUAAAACCUCUGACGCAAAAUCCUUUUAAAUGUUACUUUUCGAAUUGGAGGCUUUAAAACUUGCAAAAGAACAAAUAGCUUAAUUGAGAUGAUCCUCAACAAAACCUUUGCACAGAAGAUUCGUGUAAUUUUCCAAUUUUGUGCUCUUUCAUAAUCAAUAUCCCAGCAAGGAUUCCUGAGACUAAAAUUUAUUUAAAUAUAUAUUUUCAGUGUUUUAAAAACUCUGUUGCUGUGAUCAACAUUUUUCAAUGGCAGAAAAAUGAUUUGGGUGCACUUUAUUUGACACGAGAAAAACAACUAAUGAACUAACACGACGAACAGAUAAAUGAGUUGUUUCGAAAAACAAAUAACGGAGAUAAUUAUAUUCACCAUAGCUAAACAAUUCAAACGACUUACAUUGGCUCGCAAAAAUAAAAGAAAUAAAAUUUCAUUCCUCAUUUGCCCGUUUAGAAAACUUUCGAAAACGAAUACAAAUCUGCUCAUUGACGCAAAACAAGAAUGAUUUUUCUUGGCUGAGAUUUGCAUGAAUUCCCUCUGUUCACGAUAAUCGUUCGAAGGAAAGAGCCGAAUAGGAGCUUUUCAGUUAUACAUUUAUGUAAUAAACACUUAAUAGCCAAGCACCUGUUUAAAUAAAGAAAAAAAAAGAAAAAAAACUUUACACUUUUUCACCAUCCCUGGUCAACGUUUUUGAGAUAUUAAAGGCUCCCUAUAAAAGAAUUUAAAUUGCGUUCAUUGCACUGAUGAAAAAUACAUCAAAAAAUGCAAACAUUAACUCUCUCUUAACUCUCUCUGUGGUAGGAAUUUCACAGAGUGUUCGAUGAGCUCGUCUUUUCUAUCGAUAUGAUAGACCCAUCUAAAAACGUACGAGCUUCUCGAAUUGCCAAACUCAUGUGAAACACGAAAUAUUUGCCGUAGAUGUUCCGUAUCUCAGAAACCCCCAAACUCUCAAAUAAAGUUAUCUUCAUGUUAUUGUUUAAUUGUAGAAAACGGCGAAGCAGUUCACAAAAUUUCCCAUUACAUCUAACGAAUCAUCGUUUUUCUCACCGACUGCUAUGUUUGACUUACGUUUUUAACGCAUUUGCCACCAUAGUUUGCUGAGAUCCGAGAAUUUUUGCAUAGAGAAUUGUUCUUAGAACUUUUUACUCGAAUUUUCUUUUUUUUGCGACGGAAAAGUAUGCCUUAUAAUCAUAUUCCAAUUUGUCUAUUUUGGUGCGAGAGCGCGCAAUGGUGUUUCCGGACUACUAUUUCUUUGCUGAAAGAUGUUUGGUAAACCAUACCAUUGAAAAGAAAAAUGUUACUAACUUGGAUGACUGUGAGCUAAUGUGCUACCUGAACGACGACUGUGUCAGUCUUAACUUCAAAAAAGAUCCAGAGGAUGAGGAACCGCUUCACAUCUGUGAACUAAAUAACGCCACUCAUCUGAAAUACGACAGUGACUUGACAACUGAUGCGAAUUUUUAUUAUCGUGGCUCGAAGGUGAGUUACAAAUCGAUUUUUCGAAAUAUCGCCUUUGAAUAAUAUAAUAACAAUAAUUAAUGUUUAUGCAUUAUGAUCAUUCGGAAUUUCGUUUCUUCUUUCAUUUUAUUUAUUUUUUCUUUUUUAGAACGCUUGCAACAAGAGUCCCUACUGCGAAAAUAACGCAACUUGCCAGUCUGGAUUUACACUCAAGGGAUAUCGAUGCUUGUGUCCUCCUGGAUUCGAAGGAGAAUAUUGUGAAAAGAGUAUGAGUUUUUUAAGUCAACACCUGAAAUUAACAUCUAUGAGAUUUUUUUUGAUUUUCAAUGCUGGCAUGACAACUGUUCUCUAGUUGCUCUAAGUGACUUGAAUUUCUCUCAUUGUAUAAGGUGCUGAAUCUUAGAAUCAAAGAAAAAAUUCAUACCCUAUUUUAUUGAGCGUGUGUAAUGUGUUAUUCGCUCGCUCCUUUGUAUAUUUUCGUUUCAUUUUGUUUUGGUUUGUCUGCUUGUUUGUUGUUUUUUUGUUUUAUUUUUCUAUUUACCUUGAAUGUUCGACGCCUUUCCAUGGCAAAAUAAGAGCAGUUCAUAUGUGUGCCGAAUACUUAAUAUAGUAACUGCAAAGAAAGCUCAGAAAUAAUAGCUUAAUUGAAAAGUACGGCCAGAGAACCACUAAAAGCAGGAAGCUACAAAUAAAUCGAGGUUUUCGUUAAUUGCUGAGUUCCUAUGGCUAUUUGAUAUAAAUAAAAAUGCUUAUAUCUGUAGUUGAUAUUUAUUCAUUUAUUUAUUGUUUUUGUCCUUCCUUCUUUCUAAUUUUACGUCAGAUAAAUGUGAAGCAAUCUUUGGCAUAUGCCACAAGGAGGCUACGUGUAAUAAUACACACGGAUCAUACGUGUGCAUAUGCAAACCUGGAUUUAUCGGAGAUGGGCAUAAUUGUACAGGUAACCGUCAAUAGUCUCAAAAGCCUUUAGAUUCUUGUUGAAUAGUGUAAUGAGUUUUUGUUUGUUUGGUUGUUUGUUGAUGUUUAUUUUGGUAACGUGGCAAGCCAUGUUUUAAUUUUUUCCAAAGUAGGUGAGACAGUUACCUGACUAUAAGUUAUUAAAGAGGAUAUCAGCAUCCAUCGAACAAAUUUAAAAUAUUGUGGCAAGUCGCCCAAAAUUCGUUUUCUCUCCUACUUUUAUAUUUUGUAGCCCAAUAUGUUCUAAUAAUUUUGGUGUAGUUUUUAUGCGGAAAUAUAUUUUAGUUUUCGAGAAAUGACUAUUUUCGUACGACCGCUCAAAUAUGCAAAUUUUCACCGUGAAUAUUACCCGAGUUGUGUGACCUCAUGUAUAGAAUGUACUAGAACUACAGUAUUUCUGUGAACAUAAUCCUUUGUUUUAUCAUCUAAACUUAAUCCCCUGUCGUUAUUGAAGCUGCCAAAGAAAUAUUUAUUUUUUGGUGAAUAUUUUUAUCCGACAUACUUUUCCUAUGUCGAAAAGUAGCAUCAAAACAAUGACAGUUUUAACAAUGACCGAUAUGACACAGUCUAUUGAGCUUCAAGCUUUUAAAAGACCAAAGAAUGGUUAUAAAGUUACUAUAAAAUUUCCUUGUGUAUUUGUGUUGUUCUUUUUUGAGACGAACUCAAAGUCCGGUAAAAUUUACUUAAUAGCGACUAUAAAAUGUACAUGGUGCGCCUACUUGUCGCCACCGUUAAUUUGCAUAAAUCAUUACAAUUUGUACAAAAGUCUAACAUAACACUCUUAUCUUGUUUAUUUAUGAUUUUAUUAGCCGUUCCGAUUAUCAUAUUACGCCUGGGUAUUACUUUUUGAAAGGAGCUCAGGUUUUGCGUUGUGUUUUCCACUCCCUCAUUUAUAUCAUAAGCUAGUCACGCGAUAGUUGAUACCGACACUAGUGAAUAUUUACCAUUUAUAAAGAUUUUUGUUUACGUUGAGUUGAAAAUAUUAAAAUAUGUGCUUUCUUCACUAAUCGUUGUUUCAGCAGCAGCGAAGCAGUUAAAAGCGGUUGUAGCUUUAACGCCACUGAAAAUUUUAGUAUUCAGACAGGCGAGCAAAGCGUGAUGCUCUGGGAAUAAAAACUUUUAGGGGCCUUUUAAAUGAUAUCCGAAUGAGUUUUGUACAAGAACGAGUUCAUACCGGUUGCCACAUAAUAACCAGCGUAAAAUUUAUUCGAAAUGGGUCAUUUCUGAAUGAGUUUAUUUGGGUUUUUAUUACAUAACGAAACUUUCAUUCUGGACGACCUGUUCUACCUGUACAAUGUCAACGCAGCACGGCUCUCAUAUUUGUAUGAAUCAUCUGAGGGAGCGAGGGAAGCAUUGAAAAAGACAGAAAGGGACAUAAAGACUUGUUUUUACAGGCUAAGUGUUGCCACUCCCACACGGAUAAGCACUUUUUAUAAUCCUACAGGUCCAACGCGAAAAUCGCAUGAAACCAAAAAAUUGCAAACGAGUUUUCCACUUUUUUCAUAGACAUGACAUGUAUGACUUUUGAAUAAAAACCAAAUCCCAUUUUUUCUUUAUUUUCUCUUUUUUCCUUUUUUUGACAGAUAUUGACGAAUGCAAAACAUACCCCGACAAAUGUCACGUCAAUGCUACUUGUAACAACACGCGCGGAUCACACGUUUGCACAUGCAAAUCUGGAUAUACUGGAGAUGGACACAACUGUACAGGUACAAACAAUAAUCUCAGAAGCCUUCAUAUUCGUUUUGACUAUUAUAACAAAUUUUUGUUUGAUGUUGUUGUUUUUGUUUGUUUGUUUUGUUUUAAUACCGUGGAAAGCCAAGAUUUAAUUUUGUAACGUAGCGGGAGGCAGUUAACCGACUAAACCAUGUGUAGUGCCAGUUAACUUGUUUUCCUCAUUUGAGAAAAUCUCUUGUUCUUGCAAUCCAGUUAAGGAUUGACAAUAGCCAUGGCUUGCAAUCUUCAACAAGGCAAUGGCUGAUUCACAGCAAUUUUAAGGUAAUUGUGAGAUCCUUUUCCUGUCUGUGAUUACUUAGAUGUGGACGAGUGUAACGGAAACCAUUCUUGUCACGAGGAUGCAAAGUGUACGAACACCAUUGGAUCACAUGUAUGUGAAUGUCAGCCUGGAUAUACUGGAGAUGGACAAAAUUGCACAGGUGAAUUUGAAUGAAAGAACUGUUGACUGUGCUCUAUUUUGUUGUGAAGCACGCAAGAAGCGGCUAGAUCACGAAAGAAGUGUAGAAAGAAACACGAGACGUAGUCGAGUAGCGUUUACGCCUCUGCUCACUUUCAUUUGGUUCUUCUGAUGCGACUUACCGGUUCGCUCAUUUUGAAAUUUCACGUUCGACUAGCGAAAAAAUGCUAGAGAGAAGUUCGAGAAAUGGUCAGACAAAGUAAAACUUGGAAGAUGGCGUGACAGCUUUAGCUCAACCCUAUGUUUUGUACUCAAAAGUACUCUUUCUUUCUUGGUUGAGAUUGCUCAACUCAAGACCAAGCCUUUGAAAACUCCGCUUUAUUCCUUCUAAUAAGAUGAUUGGCAGCAGAAAAAUAUAAGAACAUCUUGCACUUAUUAAUUUCCUUCGCCGUGGUGAUUUCAAACUUUUCGUAGAUAUCAAACAUGACUGGUGUUUUAGUCCUAUCUCAUCCAUUACUGUGUUCUUCGCCUCUCUCAAACACCCUCCGUCUACAUCAGACGCUUACGCCUCCAUCAAGUUGUCGUCUCCGUCGUCUGAAUCUGUGAUGUCAUUCGAUUCUUGUUGUGUUUUAGAUCUCUGUUUAAGGCGCAGUCUCGAGAAGAGACCCAGAAUCUGUAUGUUAGAUAGUCGCUCUGUUCUAUCAAACAUUCUCUCUCCGUCUAUAGUGCAAGCAGUUCGCAUGUCCGACUUGGUUUGGGUCUUGUUUUCUGUCUCGCCCGAUAUUAAAUUUUCGUGUCAAACAAGCACCCCGCUUAUGAAGAGCCCGUCCCAUGAAAAGCUGUGAAGCACUUGUCACUGUUCAGUCACAAUUUAGUCGUUGAAACUUUACAGGGUAAAAGCCGCAGAUGGUUUACAAAGUUUUUCAAAUACGAUCCGCCAUCAAUCGAUCAACGGACUGUGUUUGACUUUGUCUCUAUGUAAGCGCUACAAGUGAAUGCCAAACAAAGUGUGCAAUCAAACAAAGACAUUUAGACUCAAUCGCUCUUUAACUACGCCCAGAUCUCAGUCGCUUUUUAAGUCCUUGAACAAAUUACCCCUUGAACCACGAAAAUGUUUAACAAAAAGUUGUUUUACAUGCAUGCAGUCCAUACUGUACAGGGCUACAAUUUUUUGAAAUUCAAUCGACCAUCGAUCAACGAGCACAUCAACAACAUCGGUAUGGCGUCAACAUCGUAUUUAUAAAUCGGACGAUUAUAAAGUACAAUCUUAUAAGCAUAUAUACACUUCUUGAAUUUCGAGCGCAUUUUAGGCGCAUCAAGAUCGUAUUUAUAAAUCGAACGACUAUAACAUACAAUAUCGUAAGCAUUUACACUCUUCUUGAAAUUUGAGCGCAUUUUGAGCGCAUCAACAACAUUGGCAUGGCGUGGGAGACAGAGAGAGAUUAAGGGGAGUGAAACGAACAAUUAAAAACAUGUCAUCAAGAUCUAAUAACAUCAGUUAGGCAAAUAUAAUUUUGUAAGCACAUAGACAUUGAACUUGUAACAUGGAGCGAAGUGACCUUGAUUAAUGAACGAACCGACUUUUGGCGAAAUGACCAUGGGACGAAAUGACCGUAAACCCUCUAUUCUUGCAGGACUAUGAUUUGUUCUAUCUUGGUUGUAGGGUAAAGUACACUUAUUUUUUUCAGACAUCAACGAAUGCAACGAGAGUCAUGAAAUGAAAAAAAUGCCAUCAGAAUGCCUCUUGCAUUAAUACUCAGGGUUCAUACAACUGCUCUUGUAAUCCUACAUAUGUUGGGAAUGGUUUUGAAUGCGAAGGUACGUUUGGUUUGUCACAAACUUUUUUAACUCGUCAAAGCAGUAUUGGAUAAAACCUAACCUGUUGCUACUCAGGUGGCCGUUGUCGUCCAACUCAAAUUCAGAUCCUGCUGAAUCAAUUUGGAUUUCCAUUAUGACUGUUUUAGCCUCGUCGAGUUAUGAUAUCCUAUCUAUUUAUCUCUUACUAUAGAUGCAUAGUCAUUUUUCUUGUAUAUGACGGGUUUCACAACUAAUUGACAAGCUGCCAGAAUAAUGAGACGUUAGAAAACAUCUUAAACCAUUAGGCCUAACGACUAAAGUCCUGUUGCAAUUUUUACUUCACUUUGCAGCCGAUCAAUGCUAUCAUUAUAAAAACCUGAGUGACGCUAAUAGAAAGAUAAGUUACGUAACAUCUGACGGUUCAGAGUUGUGUGACAGCCAACUCCCUCCGGGAUGGUAUCGUUUUGUGGGGGCUGCUGGAGCAAAAAUGCCAACAAUGCAGGUGCCAGCAUACAGAUGUGGUACCAAUUGGUCAGGGUGGUUGGUUGAUGCUCAUCCUACAGUGGAAGAUGGUAAACUUGAAAGGAAGGUCUGCUUUAGUGAUCGUUCUAGCGGUUGCAAAUAUGAAAUCACAAUUUCAGUUAAAAAUUGUGGAUCCUACUUCAUCUACAAACUUUACCCUUCAACUUGCCCCUCACGCUACUGUGGUACAGACUGAAUGGGAAGCAAAAAAUUAUAUAAAUAAGAGGACUCAUUAAUUGAUCCCUAGUAACACGUACUUCAGGAAUUUUGUGAAGUCCUCUUUUUAUGAUUAUCAUUAUUUCGUCUAUAGAUUUAUAUGCUGAUGAUGUCCUGUUGUUGCUAUCAAAUAUGCUUUGACAAUCACCAUUUAAAAAGCAUCUCUUUGGUAAAAAUAAUCAAAAAUAAUCAAAACUGCUUAAUAACUGAUAAAAAAAAAAAAACAAAAUAAAAUAAUAGAAAAGUGAAAUGCUUAAAUAUUGAAAUCCUAGACAAGCAAGAACACCGAUCAGCAGGAUAACCAGCAAAUAUGACGAAACUCUGUUCUCAAAACGUUAGAAGCUGCAAUACAGGACGCAAUAUAUAGCACGGCAUGAUAAAGGUAUCAUGUAUCAGGUAAAGGUAUCUUAGUGCUUAUGAUGUGUUCAGUCUGAUAGUUGCUUUAACAACAAAACAAACACGAUUAUAAUAUAUAGAUUUAGCCAAGAAAACAAACACGAUUAUAUAAGGACUAGUGUGAAAAUACUAUCAAACGAGAGGCAGUAACGAUUUGGUAUUGAAGUUUAACUGUUUUUAGUGCAGUCUCACUCUAAAAUGAAAAAGUUUCCGAGCUGAAGAGUUUUGAAAGAAAUAUAUUGCCCUGGUUCCAAUCCUAUGAAACCAUUAAUCUAAUCAUGGCGUGGGAAAGAAAUCCCAAAUACCAGUGUUGAGAAUUUUGGCUUUAGGUUAAGGUUUAAGGGUUAGAAGUUGCACACGAUUCCCCAGUCAAGUACUUAUCUUCCAUGACCGAGAAGAAAUUUAAAUGCAUAGCAAAUGAGAUAAACACCUAUAAACACUAUUUAUUCGUAAACCUAAAGAAAAUUAACAUAAAUCAUAGAUGGUCUACUCAGGGGAAACUAAAUUUUGUAGAUCAGCUUUUUAAGCUGUGUAAAUAGAGGAGAAUAGUGCAAUCAAUCAUUACGUUUUAGAGAAAUUGUGCAACUCUUAAUAAAUACAUUAAUCUUACCUGGAGCAAUCUCAAUUGAGUGUCGUAAAGUGAACUUUAUAUGAAAUGCAAUGUAUGUGAUGUAGCAAAGAUCUGAUGGCAGAAAAACCAUGAUAAAAUUUCCAGCAGGUGCAUGAACUAAACCUGGUGCAGUGACUUUCAAAAGCCUGAAACGGAUCAGUUCGCUGUGAAUGCCUUUAUAACUAAUUCACUAUUAAUAUGUAAGGUCGAUAUUUUUCACUAUUGACAUACGUGAGUAAUAUUGUCUACCAUAAUCAUAAACUAGAGAUAAUAGAGGAAUUGGAAUAAGUCACGACUUUUGCCACUCAACUGAUUGAGAACUGUUCACCAACUUGAAUUACAUUUAGCGCGUACAUGUAUGUACAUGUAUAAGCUUUCGCAGUAUGGAUUGCUUAAUAUAACUUUACCUACUCCUUGAUUUAUUUGCAAGCAAUGUUAGUACUCAAUUGUUAUUAAUCACUUAAUGAUACCUAUACCUAUUGCUGAUGGUAGUUAGGGGUUGGCGAUGCAGUCAACAGAAACGGAGGGGAGGAGGAAGGAAUUCGCUAUAAAAAACAAAAAAUUUCCAUUGCUCUUUUCAGGAGCUUAAAAUAAUAACGUUUAUCACUUGUAAUCUUCUGUAACCCUCCUGUUCCUAUCAGGUUGUUGAAAAAGAAAAUUAAAGAAAAAAACCGUGAAAUUUCUUAUUGUCUAAGUGUUCUUGUCACCAAAUAAAAAUUUCGAUUAAGAAAUAUACAAAUGAAAUGAAAUAAAUGCUUUGCUAACGCUUGAUUCCGAGUUUAUUCGUUACAGCGAAGCGCGAGCGUGACGUUCAUUGGUAGGCCUCGAUAUCUCUUUUGACUUUUAUUGCGUGUGUAAACUCUCUACCAUUAAGGGAUUAUUUUAAAUUUUGAAUCAAAGUAAGUGAGUUGUGCGCGGUUCCAGAUGUUGAUUAGGUAAAUUUAAUCGGUAAAUUAUUGUUGAAGGCGUGAUCACGGGAAUAACAUUUCACGCCCUGACUACGCCUGUGAUGAUAGCGUGAUCACAAAGCAAUAAAAUAGGUGGCUUCGCCUUUUAUAGGAGGCAGUAACCAUACAAAUCGCGCUUAGAAUUCACGAGUGGAAAGCGAGAUCAUAGACUAGUAAUUGUGAUCACGACCUGGGAAGCUGCAAGAUACCAAGAUGCUCCUGUGUAAUGAGCACGCCCCGUGUAUGCUAGGGGUGUACUAGAGGAUGCCCUUAAAACGAGUAAGAAUGUGGGAAGAAAAAAAAACAAAACAAAACAAAAACAAAACAAAACAGCGGUCAUUAUUUACGAUAGCCCAUAGAGAACAUGCCGCAUUUUGUUUUGUUUUAUUUUUGUUGUUGUUAAUCACGCAAUAAAAUCAAACUAUCGCCUGAUAAAUGAGAAAUUGUCGCGCGAUAAAUGAAAAAUUAUCGCUCGACAAAUGGGAAACUUGUUAGGUCGCACGUGAUGGGCUGUCGCGCACCUUGUUUCCGUGGUAUGAUAUGAGGUCACUAGUUUGUUUUAUUUUCGAGAAAAGAUGAUUGAGCAGUACUUUACGAUACUUAUUCGACACACAGUUCUAUGAAUCAGUACAGUAAACCUUGAUUUUGCGAAUUUAACAAGACACUCUCAGAGAUGGCUGUCAGUCUCUGAGAACGAGUGUAGAUCAUCUAAUCUAUCUGAUUACAUUGCAGGUUUAUAAAUUGCUAGAUUAAGAAAGAACUUGCCAACUGUUGCAACCAUUGUCGUCUUGUCCACGAAAAUAACGUGCGUUACAGCCGGUCACGUGUGACCUAUCAAGUUUCCCAUUUAUGGCGCGAACGUUUUUUUCAUUUAUGGCGCAAUAAUUUUUCCAUUUAACGCGCGAUAAUUUCCAUUCAUCGCGCCAAAAUUUGAUUUUAUCGCGCGACAAUUUAUUUAGCAUGUCCUCUAUGAGCCAUUGUAUUUUUUUGAUACCUGUUAAAUUGCAAUUGAUAAAGGCGUUAUGCUUUUAAAUAGGUGUUCACUACUUUUAAGCAGUUAAGAAUUCGCUAGAACAAACUGUGACGAAAUUAAGAACCCAACAUGGCUAGCUCACACCAAUAAAACUGAAGUUUAUUACAGCGACCACAGAACGUACUGGAAAUAGCCCCUAUACAUCACUUCAUUGUUGCAGUUGAGUUCUUCGAUCCUUGGUUGACCUUUUAUUUUAUUGUGCUCAAAAAGGUGCAUCCGCUGUUGAGGACUAGUCAAUUUCCUUCACUGCUGAAAUGGCGUGAGUAAUUCCACAUGCUAACUUCUGAUUUCGCCGAUGUUGUUGUUGUUGUUUUUUUUUUCCUUAUUGUAACACUAUUAACAAUAUUCAUUUAAAAGCUCUCUUGGUGAUGUAUCAAUUUUCAGAUAUACUGUAAGCUAGGAAAAAAAUCCGCUUACCAAAUCAUUCGUAAACUUGCUGUUUCCAGAGCUGAGAGACUUUGCCCAAAUUUUAUCACACCUUACAUUCCCAUCCAUCUUCCAGAACGGCGAAGCAUUAAAACAGCUUUAAGUGCUAAAAAUAAUUGAUCUCAAAGCUAGCCGAAGUAAAUGCGGACAGCGAACCUUUCAGUUACGCUUUGUUAAUAUCCCACUCACCAGGAGAUCUUUACUAUGUGACAGUUUUUUGCUCCAUUGAACCACAAAUAUUUGCGGUCCACCAUGAAUAAUAUUGAAAACAGUAGAACCAUUCUCUCUAUAUAUUAUCUCUUUGGAAAACAAUAUACCAACCAUUGGAUUGUUUUGACGAUCGCGUGCAACAGCUGUCAUAAGACCACGUGAUACGCAUGUCGCAAACGAUCUCAGUGUGUCGUCACAGAACAGCAUAGAAAUACAUAGUCGUGAUAUUGUCUUUAAUUUUGUAGACUGAAACGGAUAAUUGUACACAUUUCCUGCUGGGGCGUAAGUUGAAUUCAUCGUGCAGACCCGUGUUUGUACUAUUUUGAAUUUUUUUGAUAUGUUUUUUUGAUCUGUUUUUUUGUUUUUUGUUUUAUUAUAUUUUUUUGCCUGAGGGUCAAGGGUCUUAAGCCAUCCCGUCACAGCGAGAGCGUUAUCUUUAAAAAUCUGAGUUUUUACUUUCAUUGCUAACACACAGCAGCGGGUUGAAACUAAAAACAUGUUAAAUAAAAGUUAAGUUGACUAAGAUUAAUAAAUUACAAACAAAAAUAAAUACUAACGAAACGAAACGGAAAAAUACUUACCCUGAUCAAGCGUAAUAUGUAAUUGCAAUAGCGAAUAACUUUUAAGUUGAAAAAUACUUCAAGACAGAGAACGCCGCGCUUUCGGUAAAUUGACUAAGAAAAGUGAUUGUGCUUAAAAAUUGAAGAGGAUUGCGCAGUUACGUGCGUCAUGAAAAACGUACAAAUGAAACAUGUAACUAAAGAAGGGAAAUGAUAACAAACUCAACAAAAAACACUAAAAAGGAGUAAUGGGAAAAUAAAGGAAGAGAUAAGUAAGAAAACAAGUAACUACAAAAUUACACAAAAAUAAUUGGCAAGCAAUUUAGAUCUUACAUCCCCCUAAUAUUCUUUUGAUUCUCCCCCGUUCAUUAAAAGUUAAUCAGUUGCCGGUCAAUUUUCUGCAGCCACGUUCCCUCCUUUAAGCUCUUUUGGGGAUGACUGAUACCUCUCAUAUGAUCUUUCUCCUUCCCUCCUCUCUUUUUCAGAUGAUGAACAAUGAAAGGCCCCUAAUUCUUUGGAAAAUCCUGCAUACCUCAUGGAAAAGGCUUAUAACAGAGCUCACAUAGACAUUUAGCGUGACAAUACGGCUGUCUAAUUGUAUGAAUGAAACUAUGAGAAAAAGUGUUCGAAUUCAUUAACGGUUUAUUAUGACCAAGGUGAUAAACCGAAAAAAAUCUUGCUUUCUCACGUUUUUUUCGAUAUUCAUGUUUUCUCUUUCAUGGUACAGAAAAAGUCAGCAAUGAUGGUCAAGAUACAUAUGAAGAAGUGGAAUGGAUCAGCACUAAUGCUCUUACAAUCGUACUUGUAAGGGUGACCAUGUUAGACCCUUUCAGCCAUGCAAAGACGUGAAUGCGAGCUUAACAAAAACUAAUAUAACCCUUAAUUACUCAGAUAAGGAAAGAUACACAGGAGACAGUCAUGAAUAGAAACCUCUACCACGUUAACUUAUAUAUAGAAUGACAUUUCCCACCAACCUCUGUAACUUUAUUGGGAGAGCAUCCAACCGCAAUAACUCGAAUCUUAUAGGGAAACUCGGGUUACUUUGUUAUAUGCUCGUUGCAAAUCACACCUUUUUUUUCCUUAUUGAGUACGUUUUCUUCACAAUACUGACGUACGGUUGCAGUUAUUUUAAUGCCAUUAAAAUAGUAAACUAUCAUCUAAAAACCUCCCGCACCACUACUCGUCGUCCGCGAGACUUCUCUUGCACUCCUGAAUAUGUCAAGAAUGGUAAUCAUUACUUUGCUCACCUAGUAUCAUUCGAAAAUGACAUCUAUUGAAAUAGUUUUACACCUGGUUUUACUUAAUGCGGGCGUGGUAUUUUCCUUGGAACUCAUGGAGACUUAACAACAUUGUUCUCCUCAAAGAAUUCUUUCUAACAACUGAGGUAUAAAUGAUAAAAUAGUCUUUUUGCAAUUACCACUCAAUUUUGUAGUCGGCCCAUGUAUUAAUUACAAAGCCAUGAGUAAAGCCGAUAGAAAGGGCACUUACGUCACAGUCUUCAAUGAAAUGUCACGUGACAAUGGAUCCUGGGGACGGUAUCGUUUCGUUGGAGCAGCUGGAGCAAGAAUGCCGGACAAAUGCAUUAGUCGACAUAAAUGUAAUACCGUUCUUUCAGGCUGGUCGAAUGACGAUCAUCCUUCAGUGGAAGAUGAUGAAAUUUCCAGAAGGGUCUGCUUUUCCCAGCUACCCUAAGGCUGUUGCAGAUUCAUAUUGGACAUUUCAGUGAUCAAAUAUGGGUCCUAUUGCAUUUGACGUUUUGUUACACCACCUAAAUGUCCAGGACGCUACUCGUGUACAGAAUAAAUUUAUAGAAAAAAUACUUCUACUGGAAGAUUUGACGCUAGUGAAGAACUGCUGCAUGGUUUUAUUAAAUAUAUACUGUGGUGUUUUACAAGGAUUUCCGGCCCUAAUAAAAAUUGUGAUUGCACGCGUGUAAAAUUACGACAUUUCUUUGCGUUUAUUUGAUACCGCCAACCUGCGGCUGAGCGUCACUCACCUUUCAUUAUAAUGAAUUUCAAAACUUUUAGAAACGGAAAACAACAAAUUCAGUUUUUUAUCCUUCAUCUAACAGCCUUAUGAAUGAAAGGGAGGAUUCCCUGGCAUCAAAGUUAUAAUAGCCAAUUUGUGAAGAUUUUGCUGCAUCAAAGCGUCCACGAGCGUCAUGUAAGGUGCCGGUCACGAGAAGCAAGUGACGAUUUAAGACUUGCAAUAAUCCUCUUUUUCUCAGUUUACCUAUCUUGUCAUUAUAAUCUAGAAUGCGUACAAGGGAAGGUUCAUAAUAGGAUGAUGAUUGUCAUUAUUUUAUGAUCAAUAUCAAUUGUCAUUGAUUUAGGAUCAGAUACAAGAGGGCAACUUUUGUAGUCCAAUCCUUGUUAGUGCUCAUGGGUAAAAAACAAAAAGACAAACAAAAACAAAAUCAAAACAUGAAACCAACAAGGGAGGGGAGAAGAGGGGAGAGGAGGGGAGGGGAUGUUCGCAGUAAAAGAAUGAUGGGAAAACCAUUUUUAUCCGGCAUAGUAUCUACAAAAAGUAAUGGCCUCCGCUCGGCCUGAAACUAAUGCUGCUAUUGUAGACGCCUAGGGUAACGAGCGAAAAGAAAGUAAGCUCCCCAUAGAUCCUCAUUACCGAAUGUGUUGCAAUUGUAUUCUUGGCAAAUGUAUCCAUAUAUGCAUCAUUUCAACCGUUCAAAUUUUUAGGAAAAACCAAUCCAAUACUAAUAAUACGGAAAACGUUGCACUUUUUGUCUAACUUAACCUGGAUAUACUGCAAAUGGACAAAACUGCACAGGUGAAUUUGAUGUAUUUCGUUCAGUAUUAUAAAAGUGCACCUCAGCGGACCGGAAAAGAGCAACAUCUACUCCAUGGUAAUCAACAUUGCUAGGAAAUAAGAUCCUUAGUGAGUUGUUUUACACCGCCUUCAAUCAUGUGACGGGUUCCUUAAAUUGUGUUUCAUUGUUGCAUAUGAAUAUCUUCGAUGGUUUUUUUUUAUGCUUUUGGAUCUUACAAUAAUUACAGACGGCGGCGUGAGACGAAAUCACAUGUCUUACUUUGAACCUUAGAGCUAGAAGGCGGAGAGCUUCGUAAUUGUGUUAAAACCAAAAUAAAGAUAAAAAGAAAAAUUCAAUGCAUGUAUAUUUUGAAACAAAACGUUGGUGAUCGGUGACGUAAUUUUUAUUGACUACCCGUUGAAAUAUUACGAACUCUUGCAAUCAAAAUAAAUAAAAAAAAUAAAAAAAAAACUUUAAUGUAAUUAACAAGCAUGCUCCAUAAUAAGAGCCUAUCAGUAUGGCUGACUUUUUAUCGUUUCAGGUUGUCGUUGAUCUCAGUUUUUUUUUUUUUUUACAAAAUCUUUUUUUUGUGUGUAACAAAAAUUGGCGUCGAAAUACUGUUAAAUUUUGUGACUUUGAGUUUCAUUUAUUCUUAUUGGCAAUUGCUAUAUCUCUUAUUUUCAAUCUUCCUGACUCGUACUUCGCAUGGGCGAGGGAUGACGUAUCUAUUCCCUCUAAACUAGUCCCAAGUCGACGUUCAAAAUUCGCGGGUGUACUGUAAUCACCCGCGUCAUAGAAGUCGGCAAUGUUGGCCGCUCAGAAAGCUUUUGGUAGUAAAAAAAAAGUGUAUUUCCGGACUUUGCAAUCCAUAACAAAAUAAAAUUAUUUUAACUAAGGUGAUAAUCUUGCUUCAUAAUUAGGGCCUGAAACUAUUUUCAUGAUACAACUAUUUGAAUCGAUAAAUAACCCAGUUUAGUUCCAUGUUUUCGAAGUAACAUUCUGGUAAUUUCAUAAUAAACAUUGGCGUUAAAAGGUUACAGAAGAUUGCUGUGACACUGAUGUUAUUUCCUUUAGCUUAUAAUUACAUUUAUUGCAGCUUAAUCUUGACGUAGUAUGUACAUUAUCUUUCAGACAUUGACGAAAGCAGUGAGGCUCAUCCUUUGAAGGCGAAAGAAAGUCAUCCGAAUGCCUAUUGCAUUAAUACUCAGGGCUCAUACAAAUGCUCUUGUAGUACCACAUUCAUUGGGAAUGGUUUUUAAUGCAAAGGUACUUUUGGUUUCUUAAAAACUUCUUAACUGGAUAGUUUCAAUUUUAAAGGAACUUUUAUUUUCUUCAUGCCUUUUUUUCUAUUUAGGGUUGGGAUUAAAUAGACUUUUAAUUUAUUCCGGUCAUAUUUUAAAAUGUGUCAUGAUUAUGUAAAUUAUGUUACCUGUAUGUUUAACACGCCACUUCGCUAAUACUGCGUGCAAAUGAAUGCUGUGACUUCCCAACCCAGUACCAGGUGUCUCAGCGAGAUAAAAAAAAGGGUUAAAAUGAUUUUUAAAGUUGUACGUUUGUAAUCUAUGUCCCUUUCCGUAAUGAGCCUCUGCUGGGCCGUGGAGAUCUUUGAUCUGUGUGGCAUGAGAAUAUAAAAAUGACCAUAGACAUAUCAAAAGGAACACAAUUUAAAAGAAAAUAUUUUAUUCAGAAUUCGUGUUUAGCCGAAGGUAUUUGAUAAGUUCGUACAGAACUCCGAAAAAAUUGUCAUUCGAUGUUUCUUUGCACCUUCCACUCCAUUCUGAUCAAGGUAGUCCGUUUGCAGCCCAAAUGAAAAUUAAAUAUGCCGAAGAACACUCAAUUCGGCAAGUAGUCGAGAUCUUCAAAGACUAAAAUGCGACAGAAUUAGCUUUGGGAUAACGAAAAAUGCAAUUUCAAAAGCGAUAAGGACACUGGCUGGAAAACAGAACUUGUAAACUUCAAGUGAUGCUUUUCGAGAUUUGGGCCAUUAUUUGGAGCAGUACAUACUAUUCAAGUGGUGAUAUGUGCUUAAGGCGUUGUUCAUUUGAACAUUGUCUUUCUUUCAAUUACUCAACUUUCACAGUUUUUAUCGCAACCCUACGCGAUGAUAUGGCCGUCAAGUUAUGUAAACAACGAUUCCAAGAAAGUGAACUAUCGGAAGAAAUGUAAAUGCGAGAAAUUCGUUGGUUUUUGUUUCUGAAUGGUCGAUGUUAGCAUCUCUUUGAACAUAGAGAUAUCUCUCAGUAAUUUUACCUUACUUUUAAUAGAUAGCUUCUGGUAACAUGUGUCUAUCUGGUAACACCAAAAAUACACUGUUAAGAAAGAAGGGACUCUAAUUAAGAUCCUGUUUUCCUUAAAACUAAUAACAUUUUUCUUACUAACUAUUUAGUAUAUGGCUUUUGACUUGGAAAAAAGAAAAAAUUUACUCAAGCGAAAGUCGUCAAUCAACAUCCGGUGAUGCAUUCAACUAUCCAUUUACCGACUCAAACCCGCGGUAAAACUAUGCAAUCGGUGAAAUGCACCAUUGUCACGUAUACCAUCAAGAGUACAUUUAUUUUCCGGAAAAAUGAUUUCAUUUGCAGCCUUAAAAAAGACUGGUAUCAAUGUAGAAGUGAGACAACUGAGAAAAUAUUUGUGAGACUUUCAAGACUAUUGGAAAUGGUCAAUUGGAAAGCAUACAGAAAAGACAUAAAUUUUCUGCAAAAUAAUCCAAACUCGCACGGCUAUCUGGGAAAAAAUCCAAAUGUUUCGGAAUGCACUGCUCAUAAUAUAUUUCAGUCCACACUUUCGCUUUGGGCAUCAAAUCUUCGCCUCCUGAGAGCCUUAUGGAUGAACUUCACGAGCCUUUUGAACAUCUAAUAUUAUAUAUAAUCAGAAAUACUGCUUCUAAAAAGAACCGCUCGACUGUUUACAUUUGAUGUUACUUAGUGGUAACUGAUUUUUAAUCUGCUUGUGUAAUAGCGAGGAAACUUACUGAUGAAAACUGCUGAACUAGCUGUGACAAAAAUUAAUAUUUCGGUAGUUGUUGUGAACUCAUGGAAUGCGAUAAUCUAUAAUUUUUUUCGCGGUAUUCUGCUAAGGAUGCAUGAGAGAUCUACCAAUGGCGUUAUUCACUUAGCGAUUGAAGCUUUGUAUAUGUCAUGGUAAAUUGUAAAGGCUCUUUACUUAAGGCCGCAAAGGUUACCAGCUGGUAAGUCAGAAACCACUUCAUUACAAAAUUUAUUAAGGAAACAUUUUAUCGAGGUUUUACCAUGUCACUGACAGCUUUUCAAUGCGAGUUUUAACGGUUUCUUAUAUUAGAUGUAGGAUUGAACGAAUCCUUGUUUGUUUACCUCGUCCACAAUCUUAAAAAAUAACUUAAAACUGUGUAUUCGCUGUUCUUCACAACUUUAAAUACUUGUAGUUAAAUUUACUCCUCAGACACCUCAUUGACCUUUGUCGCUUUCAUGCGCUCGAAUUUUCGAAAAAAGGAAGAGAGCAGUCGCGGUACAUGCGUGACAUUUUUGCUCUUCCUAAUGUGCAUAAUCUAGUGUUAGCUCGUGGGCAUUAGCGCUGUAUGAUGCCUUGCUUUGAUCUCGCUCUUAGCCAAUCAGAGCGUGCGUUAUAUCGGCAACAAAUUAAAGCCAUAUUAGGAAUAGUUAUUAUCAUUCUCGUGAAAUGCAAAGUCUACUGCUCUUGAUAAACUGCUGCAAUUAUAUGAAUAUAGACAAAAUAUAUUUUAUCAUUGAUUCCAAUGACUAUAAUGCUCCUAAAAGUAUCAUUUUUCUUUGUAGCUGAUCCUUGCCAUCAUUACUCAAACCUGAGUGAAGCAAAUCGAAACACAAAAACCGAAACAAAAGAAGUUUUGUGUGACAGCCAACUCCGUAGGGGAUGGUAUCGUUUUGUAGGAGCUGCAGGAACAAGAAUGCCAACAGAGCGUGUGCAAGCAUUCAGGUUUGGUACUAACUGGCCAGGCUGGUUGACGACUAUUCAUCCUACAGCGGAAGAUGGUGAAGUUCGCGGGGUGGUGUGCUUUAGUGAUCGCUCUACUAGUUGUCAAUACUCUAAAAAGAUUUGUGUAAAAAAUGUGGAUCCUACUUCAUCUACAAAUUUUUUCAGCCACCAAAUUGUGAUUCGCGCUAUUGUGGUACGGACUGAAUGUCGAGCAAAAAAUUCAAGAAAUAAGAGGACUUAUUGAUCCUCAGGUACACGUGCUUGAGGGAUUUUGUUUCUAUGGAUUUUAUAUGAUGAUGAUGUCCUGUUAACUUGCGAAAAACAAAUGCAUUGAAUUUGACAUUUUACAAAUCAUCUCUUUCGCAAGAAUAAUCACAAAUAAUCAAUUGUUGCUUAAAGAACUAAUAACAAACAAAAAAGAAAUUAAUAGAGAAGGAAAAUGCUUAAAUAGUGAAAUCCUAGACAAGCAGGAACAUCAGUCUGCAUGAUGACUGGCAAAACAUGGCGAAACUGUGUUCCCAAAACGUUAAAAACUGACUAACAUGACGCAGAUAAUAGCACGGUUUGAUAAUUUUCGUUUCAGUUUAUUUCAAAAAUUUGAUGCCGCUUUUUGUUAGUGCUAAUGAUGUGUUCAGUCUGAUAGUUGCUUUAAAAACAAAGCAAGACGGUUAUGUAAGGACUAAUGUGGGUAAAUGCUAUCUAUUGUGAGGCAGUAAGGUAUGGCAUGGAAGUUUCACUGUUUUUAUCGCAGUUUCACACUAAAAUGAAAAUUUUCCAGGUUGAAAAGUUUUGAAAUAAAUAUAUUAACCUUGUUCCAAUCCUUUGAAACCAUUAGUUAUGGCAUGGAAAAGAGAUCCCAAAUGACAGUGUUAAGUAUUUUAGGUUUAGGUUAGCGUGAGGCUUAGAAUAUAGGAAUGAAGUUGCGCACGAUUCCCAAGUCAAGUAUUUAUCUCCUGUGCCCGAGAGGAAAUUUAAACGCAUAGCAAAUGAGCUAAAUAGUUAUAAACACUGGUCAUUCAAUUCACGCAUGGGCCUGAUUUUCUUUUCAGGUCCUAUUUCCAACUACUAGAUCAGUAGUGUUUUUGCCUAACAACCAACUACAUAAACUACAGAGAAUCCAAAAUGCGGCCGCUCGCCUAAUCUGCAAUGUAGGUCGUUUCGAACACAUCACCCCCCAUAACUGUACAGGCUCCAUUGGCUACCCAUUAACUAUAGAAUCCAGUUUAAAAUCCUUCUAUAUGUAUAUAAAGCCCUCAACGGUAUCGCUCCCCCUUAUAUAUCUGAACUUGUAGAACUUGCAACAGCCUCAAGAUACAAUCUCAGAAACUCUGAUGAUACACUUUUACUGAGUACUCCUUCUUUUAUGAGUGGUAUCAUAUUAGGUGACCGCUCAUUUAAAUAUGCAGGGCCUAAACUGUGGAACGAGUUACUGAGAGACAUACGUUAUGCCAAUACUGUACAUAUUUCUAAGCGUCUUCUCAAAACUCACCUGUUUAGGAAAGCCUAUCUGCUUUAAAUACAAUCGGUUUAAUAAUGUUAUGAUAGUAAAGAUUUUAAUGAUUAGAAAAAUUGUAACGAUUAUAAAUACCAUAGUUUAAAUAAUAUCACAUAUGUAGAGAUUUUAAUGAUUAAAAAAUUGGUAAGAUUGUAAAUACUAUACUUUCAAUGAUCAGGAUUGUAAAGGUUGUAAUGAUUGUAAUGAUUAUAAAGACGGUGCUGUAAGAUUAUUUUAUUGAAAUGCGCGUGUGAGCAUCUGCAUAUGUAACACGCGCAAUAUAAGUAAAUAAAUUAUUAUUAUUAUUAUUUUUGAAUUGCAUUAAGUGCGUACAUGUAUAAGCUUCCGCAGUAAGGACUGCUUCAUAUAACUUUACUUACUCCUUGAUUUAUUUUCAAGGCAAUUCUCAUAAUACAAGCAAUGCUAGUGUUAAAUUGUAAUUAAUUACCUAAUGGUACCUAUAUGGCCCAUUGUUUUUUUAAGAAGCUUAAAAUAAUUACGUUUAUUUCUCGCAAUCUUCUGUAACCCACCUGUUCCCAUCAGGUUGUUGAUAAAAAAUAAAUAAAUUUAAAAAAAAUAAAAAACCCGUGAAAUUGCUUAUUGUUUAAAGUGUCCUUGUCACCAAAUAAACUUAAAUCAAGAAAUAUAGACGUUAAAUGAAAGAAAUGUUUUGCUCACGCUUGAUUCCGAGUUCAUUUUUUACAGCGAGACGUGACGUUCAUUGGUAGGCCUCAAUAUCUCUUUUAAUUUUUAUUUCGUGUCUAAACUCUCUACCAAUAAGGGAUUAUUUUUAAUUCGGAUCAAUAUAAGUGAGUUGUGCGCGGUUCCAGAUGCCGAUUAGGAACAUUUAGCUGGUGAAUUUGGAAAAUUUGAGACUGAAAAGAUUUAGUGUUUAAGGCGUGAUCACAGUGAUAAAAUUUCACGCUGUGACUACGUCUGUGUUGAUAGCUUGAUCAAAAAGGAAUAACAUAUGUGACUUCGACUCCUUUAGGAGGCAGUAGCCACACGAAUUGCGAUUAGAAAUCACGAGUGGAAAGCUUGAUCCCAGACUGGUAAUUGGAUGUGAUCACGGCCUGGGAAGCCUCAAGAUCCCAAGAUGCUUCUGUGUGAUGAACACGUCCCUUAUGUGUUUGAGAAUGCCCUUGAAACAAAUAAAAAUGCUAAAAAAACGAAAAUUAAAAAUAAAAAAACAGAAAAACAGCGGUCAUUUUUUAUACCUGCUAAAUUUCAAUCGAUGAAGAGAUAAUGCUGUUAAAUAGGCGUUCAGUGCUUUUAGGCAUUUAAUAAUUUUUCAGAACAAAAUGUCACGUAAUUAAGAACCCAACAUGGCUAGCUCACACCAAUAAGGCUGAGGUUUAUUUCAGCGACCGCAGAACGUACUGGAAGUAGCCCCUAUACAUCAUUUUAUUAUUACAGUUCAGUUCUUCAAUGCUAUACAUCUGCUGUUAAGGACUAGUCAGUAUUCUUCACCACUGAAAUGGCGUGAGUAAUUUCAAAUGCUAACUUUUGAUUUCGCCGAUAAUUAUUUUUUUCUUAUUGUAACGCUAUGAACAAAAUGAAUUUGAAAGUUCUCUUAAUGAUGUAUUAGAUAAAUCAAUUUUCAGAUAUACCGUAAGUUUGGAGAAAAAUCCACUUAAAUCCAUUUGUAAACUCGCUAUUUUCAGAGCUGAGGGACGUACUAUUUAUUGUUAACUGAACCUUCGCCCAAAUUUUAUCGCACCCGACAUUCCCAUUCAUCUUUUCAUAACGGUGAAACGUUAAAACAGCUUUAUGCGCUAAAAACAAUUGGUCUCAAAGCUAACUGAAGUAAAUGCAUGCAACAAACAUUUCAAUUACACUUUGUUGAAUUUCCGUAGCAUUUAACUAACCAGGAGACGUUUACUAUGUAACAGUUUUUUACUCCAUUGAACCACAAAUAUUUGGGGUAUACCAUGAAAAAUCUUGAAAACAGAAGAGCCAUUCUUUCGAUAUAAAAUCUCUUUUGAAAACAAUAUACCAGCCAAUGGAUUAUUUUAAAACGACUGUGAGCAACAACUGUCAAAAGAUCGCGUGACAUAGGUGUCGCGAACGAUGACCUCAGUGUGUCGUCACAGAAAAGCUUAGAAAUAUGCAGUCAUGAUAUAGUCUUUUGUAGACUGGAAAUGGAUAAUUGUGUACAUUUCCUGCCGCGGCGUGAGUUGAUUUUAUUAUGCUGACCCAUGUGAUUGUGAAAAGACAUUUAUUUGUAAAUGAAGUUGCAAGUUCGCGAGCCAAAACCGUAUCAGUAACCACAGCAACAGCUUGGUGCGGUACCUUAAACGAAUCGAAGAGUGCUUGAUCCCUCUAGUAAGACACGCUGUAUUAUAUGGGUGUCCGGUCCAAAAUUGACAGAGUAUUAAAACUUAAAAAGCCUCAGGGGACAAGUAAAACAAUUGGGUAACUUCUUCGUUUUUUAAAUAUUAUAACAAUAAGCUAAUUUUUGGCAGGAAUAUUUGAUUUCUUCCCAUUUGAUUUUCGUUCGAAUUAUAGAGUUUACGUAAGUAAAAAUUUUUCAACCAGAUAAGUCGCAUCAUUUUUUCCUUCUGGAAAAAUGUACACUUAGACAAAAUUCUUGAAAGCCACCAUAUCGAUAUGUUUUUUCCAACGUUUGAUCCACUUUACGGAAUUGUGAUAUAUAUAUAUGUUAUUUGCCGGCUGGGAGGUCCGUAUGGUGAAAAACUGUGACCGAGGUCUUGAAAAUACUGCCCGAGGCCGUAGGCCGAGGGCAGCAUUUUCAAGACCGAGGUCACAGUUUUUCACCAUACGGACCGACCCUUAGCCGGUAAAUAACAUAUUUAUUGUUUUUAAACUUGAAGAAAUUCUUUCCGAAAGAACCUGAAUGACUUAUGGCCGUAAAUAUGGCAAGAUCUUCCAUAAACUGAACAAUUUUUGAGUGAGUAAAUGGUAGUUAAAAUAGAGGUGAUGCAAAUUUAAGAGAGAUGCCUCAGCGAAACAUUUUCAUUUCCGUAACGAUAAAGGUGAUUUAAAAGGCUUCCAAACAAACAUUGAAACAUUAUUUUUACAAGUAUCUGUCACAAUCUGACACCUGUCAAUUAGAGAGCGCGCAAGAAAAAAAAAGCGUAGGAACAUUUGAAAACCAACAGAUCUAGUUUAGCAAGGACUGUCACGACAAUGUUUUCUUCAAAAUCAGUUAAUGAUCUAACGGAAAGUAUUAUUCACUCUCAUCGACCAUUCAUUCAUGUACGAAGAUUUACCUCUGUUCAUUAAGUAAACGGCGAGGAAAGUAAUUGUAAGUAAAUUCAAUUUUUUUAUUUUGAAGUUGUGAGAGUUUGCUCGUUUGUUUGCUGUAAUGGCGUGUUUAACCCUGAUCUUUCCUUCACAAAAACUAAAUUCGAACGGCACACUCCAACGAGACACAAGGGAAUGUAAUGUGGCCUUUUCUCAAUUCCUUCAAUUUCUGUUGUGCAAUUUAAGGUACAAAUGUCCAAAUUGAACGGAAUUGGAAAGACUCACCAGGAGCGUAUAUUUAUUGUAGAACUUAAAUUAAAACUUCGCUCGCUCUUUCACUAUGAACAAAUUGCUCGAGAAAAUUCAGAUAUUAAAUGAAUGAAAGUUCCAUCGUUCAGUUUAACUGUAACCAACUACCUCACGUUUCAACUUUCUGGGUACUUUUUGUGAACGAUUAAAAUUAAUUGCAGACGGUUUUUAGGCCGCUUGUCAACCAACGUAAUGACACUAUUGUUUAUACAAAUUCAUUCUGAAACCAAUAUUUUUCUGUCAACCAAAGUGAUUUGAUAGAGAGAAAAGAGAGGAUUCAUAAGUUAUUUAUCGGCUUGAGGUAGUGACCGACGUGUUUGCUUAAAAAUACUGCCCAGCCGGAAAACGAGGUAUAUUUAUGAAAAAUGACAACGAAAGUUGGGAUGUACUCGGCGACUCACGAAAGCGUUACCGUGGCCCGUGGGCAGAGAUAGGAAAAUACUGACCGGGUAAAGAACCAAUCAGAUUGCAAGAUUCGUUACCGUGCCCUCUAAAAAAACAAUAAAGACUAAUUAUGUAACGACGAUUGUUCUUGUAUUUGGCUGUUUGUAUAAGCAAUAGACCGCACUUUCUAUCGGUAUAGGAGAACACGAAAAAAAUUGUGUAAAUCACCAGCCGGGAGCCAUUAAAAAAAUGGGUUAUUUCGCUCGUUAUCCGAAGGAGAGAGCAGUCUUUUGAUUUUUAUAAAGUAAACUUAAAACCAAACCCAUUAUGUACAAAUUUUCCAAGGGUUUGGCGAUGCACUAAAUGGUCAAUUUUUUACCUAUCAGAGUGCCUGUAGUAUUUAGGUUAUUUUGCAGUGAUGUCACGAUUUAACAAUGAAAUGGCAUUUCAGUUUUGCUUUCACAAGGUGUUAUGGCAAACGUGUCAAUAACCCCUUGGAAAUCUGGGGGAGGGUGCAAAUAGUCCAAGAGAGCUUAGGGUGGAUCGAUCGAGUUCCUAAACUGAAAUGAAAAACGUUCAAGUUAGCGCGCUUUCUGAUGAAGAACUAAAGGACAUAGUAAAUGUUUUAAUGACUUAGAACCGAGAUUGGUUCAAAGGCUCAAAAUAGCCAAUAAUGACCCCACAAAACAUAGGAAAUUAACUUUUUCGAAGACCAAAAUGUCUGACCCAUCGGAUUGUAAAACUAAAUAAAAUGUGACCUUCAUGUUAAAGGGAAAAAACAUAACAAAAACUCAUGCCUUUCAAAGGAGUCUUUACCAGGUUAGAUCUCUUUAGCGGAGUCAGAUUACCUUAAAGGCGCCUCUUGUCGGGUCGAGGCGUUGGUUUUUUGCUCAUUCAUGCUGAAAUGAAAAUGAAUCUGUAGUAGAGCAGAUGUUGACGGAAGUUGUCGACCGUGAACGGAAGUAGUCACGCAUGCUACCCCUCCCCACUUAGUGAAAGUCAAAAUUAAUUUCGAUGAAGCUCAGAAACUCACGUGGAAAAAAUAAAAUGUUUAUAUGGUUUAAUAAAGAUAAUAACCCCAAAUCACAUUUCCGAACUCCUGAAAAUGCAACUUGAGUCAAGAAGCCGAAAUGUUUACACCUAGGGGACCCGUAGUGGGUUCUUUUCAACACACACGCACACUGUGACCACGCAAUGGAGCAUCAUUGUACUUUUUCUCGUGGGCUCUUCAACAUGCAGUCCACAUAUCGAUCAUAGCGGUCAAGAUAGUCUCACUAGAAUUUUCUUCCAGCUCCAAUAUUUCAGUCCAGACUCGAGGCUCGCUCGAACAAAAACAGAAAUGCCAAUCCGGGCAGUACAAAAUGCAGACUGAAGACCAGGUACAAAAUUCAGACUGUAGACUGAGAAGUUUAUACUGUUUGCAACCUUUUUUCCAAUUCUCAUUACGACAAACGUACAAGUUUUCGUAUCAAACAACUGCCCAAAAAUUAAAGGGAAUUUAUUCCAUAAGUCUUGAAAGCUCACAUAAACUGAAUUCAACUGUAGCUAAAACGAAGCUUGACCAAAAGUUCCAAAAUAGAGUGAUUACAGGAUUAAGGUCCUCAUCGUCAGGUGAGUGUGUGACAAAUAAAGUAACCUACCAUGUCACGUAUCUGUAUAAUUGUUAGAGGUGAUUGGAGAGAUGCGCGCCCUCUGAUUGGUCAAGGAUUGCGUCUUACCUCGCUAUAAUCGACUCGCGCGAGAUGAUUAUAGCAGAGACUGGCUGCCUCGCGUUUUGGUUAUGUUUCCGCGAAAGUGAUAAACGUAUUAAAAGAAAAUUAAAUUGCGAAGAGCACAAAAAUGCUUCUGAGUUUGGCGGAACUUUCUUCAAAAGAGAGGUUUUAAUUUUUUGCUGAUUCAGUGAUCACAACAAUUAUAAAAAAAUAUGCGCAAUGCUCUCUUUGUUUGCAGAAUUUGCAACAGACUUCGAAAGCUCCAUCGCAAUUAUAGUGCAACAAUUAUUCGCCUCAAGCUCAGUAAUAUUCACCUCGCCGUACGCAAAUAAUUGCUAAGUAGAGGAAGAGGUGGGAAAUCCACGUAGAACCGAUUCUUUUGGUGAAUAAUUUCAAAGAAACCCAUUGUUUGGCCAACCAGAAAAAAGCAAAACAAAGCAAAACAAAAUGGUUCCUCCAUUAAAUAACAAUUAAUGCACAGCUUAAGCAAUCAAGACCUACAUUUUUCUUGGUACCAUUAAUUUUUUGUAUUGUUUAGCUUUAUUUGUCUUUCAUAUUAUUUGGUUUUGUAUUGUGUUUCAUGUUAUUUAACUUCGCAUUAUUUAUAAAUAUUUUGAUCUGUUUUUUUUUGCUGUUGUUUUUCGCUUAAGGGUCAGGAUGAAAUUUAUUUGAACCCCCUGUAACAGCGAGAGCGUUAUCUUUUUAACUCAGAGUUCUUAUUUUUACAGCUAACACACAGCAGCUGGUUGAAACAAAAACGUAGUAAAUAAAAGCUAAGUUAACUAAGAUUAAUAAAUUACAAACAAAAAUGAAUACAAAACGAAACGGAAAUACUUACCUUCCUAACGCGUGAUAUGUAAUUGGAAUAGCAAAGGAUUUUAAGUUGAAGAAAACAGUGAACUGCGCCAAGUGCGACUUUCGGUAAACUGAAUAAGAGGGGGGGGAUUCUAAAUAAAAUGCGGUGCUGCGUCGGUGGGAGAGUGCAACAAAUUAAUUUAGUUUUAUCAACCGAGUUGAAAACGUAAAUUGGCUACCGUAAAGAGUUUAAAAGCUUGACGUUUCGAGUGCUAGCCCUUCAUCAGGGCUCCGACGAAGGGCUAACGCUCGAAAAGUCACUUUUAAACUCUUAACGGUGGCCAUUUUAGGUAAACUGACGUAGAAAAAUGAUUAUGCAAAAAAAAAUAGAAGACGAUUGCGUAAUUACGUGCGGUAAGAAAAAUAUCCAAGUAAGACAAAUAAGAUGUAACUAAAGAAGGAAAAUGAUGAGAAAUAUAACAAAAAAUACUCACAAGGAGAUAUGUAAAAUAAAGGAAACAAAUUAAUAUACAAAUACAAAAUUACACAAAAGUAAUUAGCAAACAAUUUAGAUCUUACUUCACACAUAAGGUUUUAAUAUUCUAAUGAUCCUCCCGCACUUCAUCAAAAGUUAAUCAGUUGCCAGUCUAUAUUCUUAGUCAUGUCUCCCCCUUUAAACUCUGUUGGUGAUGACUAAUACCCCUCGUGUGCUCCCCCCCCCUCCAGAAUCCUCCUUUCCCUAUCCCCUCCCCCUCCCACCCUUCCAAGUGAUCAACAAUGACUGACCCCUAAUUCUUUAAAAAAUCUAGCAUAGCUCAGCGAAAAGGCUUAUAACAGUGCUCACAGAUAUUUUGUGUGACAAUACGGCGGUAUGAUCGUAUGAAUGAAACUAUGAGGAAAAGUGCGGAUUCAUUCACGGUUUAUUAUGACCAAGGUGAUAAACCGAAAAACAUCUUGCUUUUUCUCGUCGUCUUCAACACUCAUGUUUUCUCUUUCAUGUUACAGAAGAAGUUAUUGAUGAUGCUCAAGAUCCAUUUGAAAAAGUGGACUGUAUUAACACUUAUGACUCUUACAAUCGUACCUGUAAAGGUGACUUUGUUAGACCCUUCAGCCAUGCAAGGACGUGAAUGCGAACUUAACCAAAACUAAUAUCUCCCCCUUUACUGCUCAGUUAAGCAGAGAUACACAGGAGACAGUCGUGAAAAGAAACUUCAUGUUAACUUAUAUAUAGACUCAACUGCCAGAGUAUCCAAUUGCAGUAACUCGAAUCUUAAGGGGCCACUCGGGUUACUUCGUUCUAUGCUCGUUCAAAUCGUACUCUUUUUUUUCUUUAACGAGUACGUUCUUUUUGACGUACGAUCGCAAUUAUUUCAUGCCGUCCAAAUGGUAAACUGUCAUUUUAAUACCUCCCGCACUACUACUCAAGUUCCCCAGACUUGCAUUCUUGAAUAUGUCAGGAAUGUUUAUCAUCAUUUUUCUCGAAUAUCAUCCGAAAAUGAAAUCGAUGUAAUCAAAAAUUGCGAAAUAGUUUUUAACUUGGUUUUACUCAAUACGGGCGUGGUAUUUUCCUUAGAACUUAUGGAGCCUUAACAAUUAUUGCUUUCCCAGAGAACUCUAACAACUAAGGAAUAAGGAUGACAAUGAUUUGCAAUUAUCGGUCAAUCUUUUAGUCGACCCAUGUGUAAAUUACAAAGUCCUGAGUAAUGAGGACAGAAGGAGCACUUACGUCACAGUCUUCAAUGAAAUUUUUUGUGAGAAUGUAUUCUGAGGGUAGGUUCUAAUUUAUAAUCUUCGGAUCAAAAACCAAAUAUUUAAAAAACGGAUGCAAGAGGGCGCCUUUUUUUAGUCUCGAAGGGGGUAGGUUCUAAUUUACGAUCUUCGAAUCAAAAACCAAAUAUUUAAAAAAAAGGAUGCAAGAGGGCACUUUUUGUAGUCCCGAUCCUUAUCAGUGCUGAUAGGUUAAAACGAGAGAAAAACAGAAAAAAAAACAAAAACAAAAACAAAAACAAAAAAAAAUGAAAUAAAUAAAACAUAAAACCAUAAAGGAGGGGAAGAGGAGGGGAGGGGAGCGGGUGUUCGUAGGAAAGAAUGAUGGGAAAACCAUUAUUAUCCAUAUUACCUAAGAAUAGUAAUGGCCUCCUCUCGGCCUAAAUCUAAUUCUGCUAUUGUAAAGUUUAGGGGCACUUUUAAAGGAAGUAAGCUCGCUGGAGUUGCUCAAUGCCGGAUUUGUUGCAAUUGUAUAUAUUAUGUGUACAUGAUUUCAAUAUUCUAAAGAAAAAAAUCUACCUUUCAACCACGUGUCGUCUUUGAAACUUUCUGUUAUCUUCCAAGCGAGUUUCUUUUUAGAAUAAACUUGACCGGGAGAGAAAGAUACAUUAACGAUGUUUAGAGUUCGAGUGGUUACGAAAAAUUAACGUUUUUGUUCGGAACAAAAACACCCAACGAAGCACGUACAGACUAGCUUAAAGUUGGAAGUCCUGGGAUUUCAACACCGCCAUGACAAAAUUACUGAAAAGUUGAAACUGGAUGCCUUGGAAAACUUUUCUCGGUAUUUACGUAACAGUUCGCAUGUAAGAUGGGAUGGAAUUACAAACGUAAUAACCUUCGUGUACUGUUUACUGCCAUGAAGCGAAUGCAAACGAAGAAAGAGUGCAAAUACUCAUAUUCUUCUUUUUAAACAGGAUUGGGAAGAUAAAUCAGAAAACCAAUGAGACAACACGGGCUGAAGUCCAAUUUCAUUUCAAAUUUUAGCUUGUGCGGAUUGUUUCAAACGAAUUGGAGUAGAGCUUUAAGAUGCCAAAAUAUAAAUGAUAGUUACGUUGACAACUGCGGCCUGUACUAAUAAAUUUUAACCACAUCAAUAUACUUCGAUCAGUAUUGUUUUAACUUUUCCUCUACUUUGUUAAGGAAAUUUUAUCAUGAACUUAUAAUUACGGUUCAUUCUUACACCAUACUAUAUAAAAUCUUGCAUGUAUACUCUGCUUAUGUGGGCUGGUUGAAUUACGCAGAACCUACAAUUUUUAUUUUAUUUUUAUUCUUUUUUUUUUUUUUUUAAUUUUUUGUGUUUGUUUUCAAGACAAAUUAUUAAAAGUAAAGGUAUAAUGAAAAAAAAAAAAUUCAGCAACCGUUUCUUCAUAAACUCAUGCGCUUAGAAAAUGAAAUAGAGGCAGUGCAUAAUUCAAGGUACGAAUAAAAUGUAUUUUUUGUUUCGCCGCCUUGAUGUUUACAAGCCUGCCGCUCAAAGUUCCCUCAUUAUUUUAAGACCAUCAGUACUGUAAUAUUUCCGUCAUGGCUAAAAAUUCGUUUUCCUUCAGCGUUAGUAGCAUUGCUAUGGCAAGCAGCGUUUGACUUCUCGAACCGAUUAUUUCAUGAAUUCUUGAGUAAAAACCAGGCAAAUCAUAAUUUACCCUUUGUUAAGUAUAAGAUGCAAGAAUCAGGAUGAAGACAUUAACAUACAAAAUGCUUCGCAAGGUACAUCUUGCAAGCUUCACCACAAUACUCAGCACUUCCUUGAUUAUUAAUUCCAUAUAUUUCCUAUGCAUGUGCUUACUUCGUUCUAAGGCGCCACUGAAACACAUUCAACCAAUUAAAGAUGAAUCUUAAUCAUUGGAAAAUAACUCCACCUGAACUUUAUUCCAACAUUUUGGUCUAUACGUUAUUGCAUUAUUGCAAAAAAAAAACAAAAAAAAAAAGCCAAUUUAUCGCCUGCCUAGAUGAAGUCUUCCCUAUUUCGAUGAAAACGCGAAUGAGACUAGUCAACAGUUAGAAGAUAACUAUCUGAUUACAACUUGAAUAAUAAACAGGGCCUCAAGAGCGACGCACGCUAACUGAGUUCCUGACAAAUGCGAGUCUCUUAGCUAAGACAAAUCCCACGUCUUGAAAGCUGUCUUCGAAACAAUUACACAAUUCUUUUCUGGAUCAUUUUCAUGAAUUUAUAUACAGUUCAUCGCCUCAGAAACAAACAAAAACAUAAAGAAAGACUCAUUAAAAAAAUGCCUUCCGUGCAUAAGCUUUAAAGAUUGUCUGAGAGUUUUCACUUUUAGAGACUAAACCAUCCGUGCAGCGGGAUUAAUACAAUUGCAAUUUAAACAAUAGAGACUUACGAACUAAAUUUGUGGCUCACGCAAUUGAUCCAACGUUUUAUUUCUUUGAUUAAAUUGAAGUUCGAAAUUACUCUGCCAUUUUUUAAUGGCAUAUCACUCGUAAUGAGAACUUAAACAAGUUUAAGUGUAAAUUGAAAAUUCGAGUACCUUCGACCGAAUAUGUAUAUAAAUAUAUAUAUAUUUUUUAAUUUUAAAUUUCUGUAAUUGAAAAGUAAAAGCAAAACAAAACAAAACAAAUUCGCGUUUUCCACCGAAGAAUUAGGCAAGCUGGAAAAAACAUAAGAGGUAAUUUAUUAAUGAAGUAAUUUCGUGUCUCAUAGAAAGACAUUAAUAGCUUCUGGUAUAUUUGCCUUGUCUGUCAUCUUGAACAAAACAUUUACAAUGUUAAAUGAUAAGGAAAAUAUGUAUUGUUUAUUCUGGUAAGAGUGCGCUUUAACUAUGUUUUGAAACUCCUAAACAGCGCGCGAAGCCGGCUAAAUGUUUCCUCGUGUACAGAUUGUUGCGAUGGUUUCAUCUAACGGACGGAAAACAUUGUGCUUUUUGUCUAACUUGUGGUGACAAAGCUCUGGGAAGAAGAGCGAACGAUUUGACAAAAAUAGCCGGAAAUUUUGCAAUAAUUUCGAGCCAUUAUUACGUAUUGAUUUAAGUUUUCUUAAGACAAGAUAGUAGACAAUUCAAAUAAAUAUGAGUAAUGUUGAAAGAACGCAAGCAAAUUACAAGAACCUGCGUAUCACGAAAAAGAAAAAUAGUCAUAUUUGCAGCGCCAUUAAUCUAUUUCAAUUUCACUUUCAAGCUCAGAUAUAUUUAGGUAUGCAUUCGCUGUAUUUGGCAUAUCAAUGUAAAUUUGCAUCGCAUUUUGUUUAAUCUGUUUGUCCUCACUGUCAACUUAAAUUUGUAAUGUAGCUGAAAGACCUUGAGGUUCGAGCAAAUCGUUUGUGUUGUGUGUGCGUGAAGUCCGUGAAUUAUGGUCAUUGCGGCUUUCGCGCAAAAUGGAUAUGAACUUUGAUAGAAAAAUCAAUUCCAACACGAAUCGUCAGUAUUUGGUCCAAGACUUCACCGUGUUUAGAGUAAGUUUUCAAACUAAAAUUACGCUACAGUUUGAUGAAAGUCAAAACCAUUUUUGCCGGACUUUCCUUGAAUUCUUACUGAAGUCUUUCGUUUUUUUCUCUCAAAUUCAUCUCCAUUACGUUUGUUUGACAUGAAUUACAAAAAAGAUCUAUAAGCAUAAUGCCUUUUGCACCCGACGCAAGAGGCGACAGUUUUAAGGAAUUAAUAUUAUUAUUUUAUAGUCCAAAACGCAUUCUCCAGUCAAUCCGUUCCAUUAGGUUAAAUUCUUUGCCGGCCAUUAUUUUACCAAUUUAGUUUUUUUUUUUUUUUGCGCGUGUGUGUGUGUGUGUUUUUUUUUUUUUUAGUGUGUGAAGAGCCCAAACAGGAAGAGGGAAGUUCAUUUCUAAUAUUAUUGAUCAUCUUGGCUUGAAACCAACAGCUUCUAUCGUAACCAUGGCUACCAGAAAGUAAUAAAAGAAAACGCGUUUGGCUCAAUAACACUAGAGGUAGGCACCAAAGAACGUUGGAUCUUUGAAGGUAAGAAAUGAUUGUACCUAAUGAAGGAAUAAUUUGAGUUUGACUUUUAUCCCAUGACAAGAUUUGAUAUCCAUCCUUAACUCCUCUAGUUCGGUGUGGUUGAAAUAAAAGAAAAUGAAAUUUACCGAGCUUCCAAAUGUGGGUAUAACAAACUUUUGGCGAAAAAACAGCUUCAGGUAUUCGAAAUAAACAAGAUCAUUAUCCUUAAUUUUUAGUUUUCUACAACGUGUUUACUUCUCGAACCUUUUCUCAGCGAUAUUUGUUUUAUGUUUAUAAAGACACUUCUUCUCGAAAUUGCUGUUUGUAGACAUUAAUGGUAUUUUGCGUUCCUGUAUUAUUUCGAAUAAUUAGGAGGGCCAAACGAGAAAAUAUUUUGCUCGACGUAGUGAAGUAGGUGGUCCAUCAGAGAACGUGACUUAUUUCAUAAUUUCAGAUUUAUUUCAAGAUGAAGUCUAAAUUAAGAAUUCGUGUUUUUGGAAAAUUAAAGCGAACGGUGCGAGUGCAGGGUUAACGUCUUUUCGGCGGAUAAGGUUACUCCAACCUGUUUGGUCCUUCACACCGAUUACCAUAUUUAAUGAGAAUUUUCUUUUCGUCAAUUAUCGACGCUUGAGUCAAUCUUGAAAGAGUGAAAAAAAAAAACAAAAAAACGCUGAAUCUAUCUAUCCUGAAAAUUUCAAGGUGUUGUUUCUCAGAAACCCAAGGGAACUUGGUUUUUUUAUGUGACUGCGUUAUCUAGGCAUGUUCACCUAUUGUUCUUAAGAAUAUGUUUAUAAUGUUAUUGUCUUAGACGCAAACUACGAAUCGUUUUCUAUCCCCAUAUUCAUACUUCAGCCCGUGUUAUCUUAUUUCCCAUUACUCUUUAUUUCUAUUUCGAUGACUGACAACAGUUGAAGCGCUGGGCUUAUAAGGUGUGAUUAUAACAAAACUGAAAACUUGAGCCUAACAAGCAUGAUUUUUAAGGGAAGGAACCUUAGUCUUGAAAACUUGUUGGGUAGACAUUAAUGGUAUUUAGCAAGGGAAUGUGAUUAUAAUGAGCCAUAUCGGAAAUUUGCAAAAGUAUGUUGCUACAAAAUAAACUAAGAACUGCUUUGGUGAAAAAUUGCUUCAUUCAAAACCACUUCAAUCCUAACGCUCAGCUCAUAUUUACAUGGACGGGUAAUCGAUUCCAAAUCAAAAAUAUUUCGUUGUUGGUUCACAGACGGGAAUUCGAUAAUUUGCAUGGAAGAAAAAUUGGCCGCUCUCAGCCAACUUAAGCGAAGUCAAUUUUAUAGACGAACAAUUCUGGCAUUUGGAGCAAACCACUCUUUCUGGUUUUGAGAAAUUGUUUAGAAAAAUAGGGUAGCCGGUCUCAUAAGCUUUUAACCAUUUUGUGGAAUCGAAAAAAUCUUCCAAGUGAUAAUUUUCGAAGUGGAGGCUUUAAAACUUGCCAAAUAACAAAUAGCUUGAUUCAGAUGAUCCUUAAAAACUUUUGCACAGAAGCUUCACGCAAUUUUCAAGUUUUUUGUUCUUCCAAAAUUAAUCUCACAGCAAGGAUACCCUAGACUGAAAUUUAUUCAAGUAUAUAUUAUUCAGCGUUUUAAAACGCUGUUGCUGUGAUCAUUAUUAUUCAACAGUAGAAAAAUUAUGUAGGUGGACGUUUUCCGAAAUGCCAAAAAAUAAAUGAAGAACUAAAAACGAUGGAAAGAUAGACAAGUUCUUUUUAGAAAACAAAUGACGGAAAUAGAGAGUUGAUCAUAUUCAUCAUAGCUAAGCAACUUUAACAACCUACGUUGGCUAGCACAAGUAAUAAAUUAAAAAUUUCAUUCUAGAUUUAUAAGUUUAGAAAACCUUUCAAAACUAAUAUAAAUCUGCUCAUUAACGCAAGAAAAGGAACUUGGACCGUACUAGAGACCUAAUUACCCUCUUGGACUGAAAUCGCUGAUAUAAUGCAGAGGGAGCACAAUAGGAUUUUACGGGGGUCAGUAAUUAUAUAAUUAUAACGCCUUUAGCGCCUGACCACAAGGGACACUUUCAAUGAAUUAAUAAUAAUAAUUUAUAGUCCAAGACGCAUGACUCCAGUCAAUCCUUUGCGUUAGGUUAACAUUUUCACUUGGUAUUAUUUUACUAGUUUACCUUUUGGUGCAAAGAGCCCAAACAGGAAGAGGGAAGUUCAUUUCUAAUAUUAAUGAUCAUCUUGGCUUGAAACCAACAGAUUCUAUCUUAACCAUAGCUACCAGACAGUAAUAGAAGAAAACGCGUUUGGCUCAAUAACACUAAAGUUGGGCACAAAAGAACGUUGGAUCUUUGAAGGUAAGAAAUGCUCAUACUUAAUGCAUAUAUAUCUUGAGUUUGACUUUCAUUCCAUGAUAUAAAUUGGAUAUCCACCCUUGACUCCUCUAUUUCUGUGUAGUUGAAAUCAAGCGAAAAUGAAAUUUACCGAGCUUCCAAAUAUGGGUAUAAAAAACAUUUGGCGAGAAAACAGCUUCAGCUAUUUGAAAUAAACAAGAUUAUUAUCCUUAAUUUUUAGUUUCCUACAACGGGAUUCCUUUUUGAACCUUUUCUCAGUGAUAUUUCUUUAAGUUUAUAAUUACACCCCUUCUCAAAAUUGUAGUUCCAUCACUACCGUAAAUAGAAAAAAGUGCCAAAUUAAGAAAAAGGCAGUGCUGGCCGUUCCAAGCUCGUCACAAAUUGUGAAACUGGAAACGACAGGAAAUUCCAAAGAGCGAUGAGAGAGGAUUUAAUGCUGUGACGAAGCCCGCUGUCUGGGUUCAAAUUACAGUAAAAAAAUAUAGGGUUAAUGACAAAAAUCUUCUUUAUUUGAAAUAUCCAACGUGUCAAAAACUAUAGCCGUUUUUUUCGUUCUGUACUUAUAAAGAUUUCCUUUCAAAAAUGGUUUUGUCUCAUCCCCCACAAAUUGAUGAUUUUGAAAUAGAAGACCUUGAAAAAUAUGGAAGUUGAUUUGCAUGGCUCCUAAUCAGAAAUACGAGUCCGGAACUAAUUGUUGGCUCAGAGGUCCCGUUAAGUCUAUAGCAGUUUUAUCUAACGAAGGAAACCUGAAAAUAUUUUAUAAUUUAGAAGGUAUUCCAAUGAAGGCCUUGGAUGCCAAAUCUGAUCCUGAAUGGUUUAGCUGAAUCAAAUCAUAAAUUACAGCACACCUUUUCCAAAUAUCAAUGUGCUAUUAUCCCUGAGGUGGAGGUGGCGCUUAAAACAACAUUCAGAGCAUCGUCUCAACAAGGCUCUGGAUUAAGUAUAACAGCUGUAUCGUGCUCAAUUAUUAUAAGAUAUCUGAGGGGUUCGGCCUUGGCACUCUUUAUGCAAUCUUGAUUUAUCGAGACAUUGGUUUUAAGUUGCUCGGAAAAUCUAUGGAAUUUCAGUAGUUUUAGGGGAGAUUUUCUGUUUCUUCAAACUAAAGAGCUUAUUAGAACUCAUCAUUAAUUAAUCUUGACGUUAAUGAAUGUGAUGGAAGAUGAAAUGACUAAUUACUGAGGACUUCAAAUUGGAGAAUCAUCUUUAACUUGUUUGUUCCUGUAUUGCUUAGAGUAAGUAGAAGAUUGAAACACGAAAAUAUUUUCCUCGAUGUAGUGAAGUGGGCGGUAUCACAAUCCAUUAAAAAACGUGGCUUAUUUUAUAACUUCUGAUUUAUUUCACGAUAUAAUCUAACUUAAGACUUCAUGUUUUUGGGAAAUGAAAGUAAACUGUGUGAAUGCAGGGCUAAUGUCGGAUAAGGUUACGCCAACCUGUCUGGUCCUACACACCGAUUACCAUUAUCCGUAUGAUUGCGUGAGCUGGAAUGUCGGUGCAAAAGAUUUUUUAUAUUUUUAUUACCACGUUUUGCGAUUAUUGCUUUUUGUCUUUUUUUGACGCUUCGAUCAAUUUUAUAAGGUGUUUUACCCUGAUAAUGAAAAAAUAAAUAAAUAAGAAAAAAUAAGGAAAAAAAACGCUGAAUCUAUGGAUCGAUCUUGUAAAUUUGAACGUAUUGUUUCUCAAAAACUCGAGGAAACUUGACUUUUUAUGUGACUGCAUUAACGGAGUGUGUUCACCUGAUGUUCUCAAGAAUGUGUUUGUAAUAUUAUUUUCUUAAACACACUCCAUUGACUUGAGUUAUGGAGCAAUUGAAGUUAAUGUUAUGGAAAUUUGUGAGGCAAAAUCCCUGAGUCUAAUUUGUAGGUAAACACCGAUAAAUUCGUAGCCAAAUCCAGAGUCUUUCCAUAUAUCCCAAACGCGUGCCCACGUAUUUUAUUUGCUUCCGUGAUCACUUUAAUGGGUCUGGACUGACCGCUAUUAACUUUGUUUACAUCCCAUAUUCAAUACAAAAGGGUCGGUAACGAUUACUUAACCCAUUAUUGAAUGCAGGUGGUAUAUCCCUAUAUUCAUAAUUCAGCUCAUGUUAUCUUAUUUCCCAUCACUCUUUAUUUCUAUUUCGAUGAUUGACACAGUUGAAGCACUGAGCUUAUAAAAUUGUUUUGUAGACAUUAAUGGUAUUUAGCAAGGGAGUGUUAUUAUGAUGAGCCGUAUCGGAAAUUUGCAGAAGUAUGUUGUUACAAAAUAAACUAAGAACUGCUUUGGUGAAGAAUUGCUUCACUCAAAACCACUUCAAUGCUAACGCUCAGCUCAUAUUUACAUGGACGGGUAAUCAAUUCUACCAAAAAUAUCUCGCUGUUGUUUCGCAGACGGGAAUUCGAUAAUUUCCAUGGAAGAAAAUUUGGCCGCUCUUAGCCAAUUUAAGCGAAGUCAUUUUUAUAGACGAACAAUGCUGGCAUUUGGAACAAAUCACUCUUUCUGGUUUUAAGAAUUUGUUUAUGAAAAAAGGGUCUAAUUAGCUUUUAGUCAUUUUAAGGUUUUGAAAAAAACCUUCUAAGUUUAGUUUUUGAAGUGCAGGCUUUAAAACUUGCCAAAUAACAAAUAGCUUGAUCGAGAUGAUCUUUAAAAAUCUUUUGCACAGAAGCGUCGUGGAAUUUUUCAAACUUUUUGUUUUUCCAAAAUUACUCUCACAGCAAGGAUACUAUUGACUGAAAUUUAUUCAGUUAUAUAUUAUUCAGUGUUUUUAAAACGGUUUUGCUGUGAUCAAUAUUUUUCAACAGCAGAAAAAUGAUGUAGGUGGACGAUUUUUUCGUAAUGGAAAAAAAAAUAAAUCACUAAAAACGAUGAACAGAUAAAUGAGUUGUUUUAAGAAAACAAAUGACGGAAAUGAAGAGAUGAUUAUGUUCACCAUAGCUAAGCAAUUCUACCAAUCUACGUUGGCUAGCAAAAGUAAAAAUUUUAAAAUGUUAUUCUGGGUUUGUACGUUUCGAAGACUUUCGCAAACUCACAUAAAUCUGCUCAUUAAUGCAAGACAAGAACGUUUUUUUUCGGCUUUAAUUCGCAUGAAUUUCCUCUGUUCACGAUAACCGUUCGAAGAAAAAAGCCACAGGGAGCCUCUUCACUUAUACAUUUCUUCAAUAAAACCCUCAAUAGUCAAGCAGCUGUUUAUUGAAACUAGCGCUUAACUUUGUCACAUAUAUGCAGUUCCGUGCAUUCGAUCAUUUAGGUGCUUAGUAUCUCAUAAACCUUGACCAGGGAUGAUCUUCUUUGAAGGAAACCCUAGUAUCUCGCCCUCAUUUUCCUUAGAAACUUGGACCGUACUGGAGACUUAUUUACCUUCUUCGACAGAAAUCGCUAAUAUAAUGCAGAGGGAACACAAUAGGAUUUUACGGGGGUCCGUAAUUAUAUGAUUAUAACGCCCUUGGCACCUGACCACAGGAGACACUUUCAAAGAAUGAAUAAUAACAUUUUAUAGUCCAAGAUGCAUUACUCUAGUCAAUCCGUCCCAUUCGGUUAAAUUUUUUACCUGGUAUUAUUUUACCAAUUAAGCUUUUGGUGCAAAGAGCCCAAACAGGAAGAGGGAAGUUCAUUUCAAAUAUUAAUGAUCAUCUUGGCUUUAAACCAGCAGUUUCUAUCGUAACCAUAGCUACCAGAGAGUAAGAAAGGAAAACGCGUUUGGCUCAAUAACACUUAAGUUGGGCGCAAAAGAACGUUGGAUCUUUGAAAGUAGGAAAUGAUCAUACUUAAUGCAUGGAUAACUUGAGUUUGACUUUCAAAUGUGGAUAUAACAAACUUUUGGCGGUAAAACAGCUUCAGCUAUUUGAAAUAAAUAAGAUCAUCAUCCUAAAUUUUUAGUGUCCUACAACGGGUUUUAUUCUUGAACCUUUUCUCAGCGAUAUUAUUUUGUUUGAAAUGACACCACUCGUCGAAAUUGUUGUUCCAUCAUUUCCGUAAAUAGAGAAAAGUGCCAAAUUAUAAAAAGUCAGUGCGGUUCCUAGCUCGUCACAAAUUGUUAAACUGCAAACGACAGGAAAUUCUAUAAGGCGAUGAGAUAGGAUUUCACGCGGUGACGAAGCCCGCUGUUUGGGUUCAGUUUGCAGUAAAAAGAAAUGGAGUUGAUGACAAGUAUCUUCUUCAUUUGAAAUAUCCAACUUGUCAAAAACUGUGGCAGUUAUUUUUCUGUUCUUAUAAAGAUUUCCUUUCGCAAAUUGUUUUGUCUUAUCCCCAAACUUAGACUGAUGUGCAGCUCGUUUGAAUUCCGUUCGUAUUAUGGAAGAAGUGAUGAUUUUGAAAUAGAAGAACCUUGAAAAGUAUGGAAGUUGAUUUGCAUAGCUCCCAAUCAGAAAAUGAGUCGGGAACAAAUUGUUGGCUCACAAAUCUCUUUAACCUAAGUCUGCAGCAAUUUUAUCUAGCGGAGGAAAACCUGAAAAUGUUUUAUAAUUUAAAAGGUCUUCCAAUUAAGGCCUUAGAGGCCAGAUCCGAUACUGAAUAGUGUGGCUGAAUCCAAUCAUAAAUUACGGCACACCUUUUCCAAAUAUCAACUUGCUGUUAUCCUUGAAAUAUCCUUUCACAAUUCUUUUCUGGAACAUUUUCAUGAAUUUAUAUACAGUUCAUCGCCUCAGAAACAAACAAAAACAUAAAGAAAGCUUUAAAUAUUGUCUGAGAGUUUUCACUUUUAGAGACUAAACCAUCCUUGCAGCGGGAUUAAUACAAUCGCAAUUUAAUAGAGACUUACGAACUAAAUUUGUGGCUCACGCAAUUGAUCCAGCGUUUUAUUUCUUUGAUUAAAUUGAAGUUCGAAAUUGCUCUGCCAUUUUUUAAUGGCAUAUCACUCGUAAUGAGAACUUAAACAAUUUUAAGUGUAAAUUGAAAAUUAGAGUACCUUCCACCGAUUAUGUAUAUAAAUAUAUAUAUAUAUUUUUUUAAUUUUAAAUUUCUUCAAUUGAAAAGUAAAAGCAAAACAAAACAAAACAAAUUCGCGUUUUCCACCGAAGAAUUAGGCAAGCUGGAAAAAACAUAAGAGAUAAUUUAUUAAUGAAGUAAUUUCGUGUCUCAUAGAAAGACAUUAAUAGCUUCUGGUAUAUUUGCCUUGUCUGUCAUCUUGAACAAAAAAUUUACAAUGUUAAACGAUAAGGAAAAUAUGUAUUGUUUAUUCUGGUAAAAGUGCGCUUGAACUAUGUUUUGAAACUCCUAAACAGCGCGCGAAGCCGUCUCAAUGUUUCCUCGUGUACAGAUUGUUGCGAUGGUUUCAUCUUACGGACGGAAAACAUCGUGCUUUUUGACUAACUUGUGGUGACAAAGCUCUGGGAAGUAGAGCGAACGAUUUGACAAAAAUAGCCGGAAAUUUUGCAAUAAUUUAGAGCCUUAUAUAUUUUUUUUAUUACGUAUUGAUUUAAAUUUUCUUAAGACAAGAUAGUAGACAAUUCAAAAUAAAUAUGAGUAAUGUUGAAAGAACGCAAGCAAAUUACAAGAACCUGCGUAUCAUGAAAAAGAAAAAUAGUCAUAUUUGCAGCGCCAUUAAUCUAUUUCAACUUCACUGUCGAUGACUGAUUAAAAACUUUCAAGCUCAGAUAUAUUUAGCUAUACAUUCGCUGUAUUUGGCAUAUCAAUGUAAAUUUGCAUCGCAUUCUGUUUAAUCUGUUUGUCCUCACUGUCAACUUGAAUUUGUAUUGUAGCUGAAAGACCUUGAGGUUCGAGCAAAUCGUUUGUGUUGUGUGUGCUUGAAGUCCGUGAAUUAUGGUCAUUGCGGCUUUCGCGCAAAAUGGAUAUAAACUUUGACAGAAAAAUCAUUUCCAACACGAAUCGUCAGUAUUUGGUCUAAGACUUCCCCGUGGCUAGAGUAAGUUUUCAAACGAAAAUUACGCUACACUUUGCUGAAAGUCAAAACCAUUUUUGCCGGACUUCCCUUGAGUUCUUACUGAAGUCUAUCGUUUUUUCUCUCAAAUUCAUCUGCAUUACGUUUGUUUGACAUGAAUUACAAAAAGGAUCUAUAAGUAUAAUGCCUUUUGCACCCGACGCAAGAGGCGACAGUUUUAAGGAAUUAAUACUAACAUUUUAUAGUCCAAAACGCAUUCUCCAGUCAAUCCGUUCCAUUAGGUUAAAUCCUUUGUGUGUGUGUGUGUUUUUUUUUUGUGUGUGAAAAGCCUAAACAGGAAGAGGGAAGUUCAUUUCUAAUAUUAAUGAUCAUCUUGGCUUGAAACCAACAGCUUCUAUCGUAACCAUAGCUACCAGACAGUAAUAAAAGAAAACGCGUUUGGCUCAAUAACACUAGAGUUGGGCGCCAAAGAACGUUGGAUCUUUGAAGGUAAGAAAUGAUUGUACUUAAUGAAGGAAUAACUUGAGUUUGACUUUUAUCCCAUGACAAGAUUUGAUAUCCAUCCUUAACUCCUCUAUUUCUGUGUGGUUGAAAUAAAAAGAAAAUGAAUUUUACCGAGCUUCCAAAUGUGGGUAUAACAAACUUUUGGCGAAAAAACAGCUUCAGGUAUUCGAAAUAAACAAGAUCAUUAUCCUUAAUUUUUAGCUUUCUACAACGUGUUUACUUCUUGAACCUUUACUCAGCGAUAUUUGUUUUAUGUUUAUAAUGACACUACUUCUCGAAAUUGUAGUUCCAUCAUUAACGUAAAUAGAGAAAAGUGCCAAAUUAUAAAAAGUCAGUGCUGGCGGUUCCAAGCUCGUCACAAAUUGUGAAACUCGAAACGACGGGAAAUUCCAUAGAGCGAAGACAGAAGAUUUAAAACAGUGACAAAGCCCGCUGUUUGGGUUCAAUUUGCGGUAAAGAAAAAUAGAGUUGAUGACAAAAAUCUCCUUCAUUUGAAAUGUACAACUUCCCAAAAAUUAUGGGAUUUUUUUCUGUGCUUAUAAAGAUUUCCUUUCACAAAUUGUUCUGUCCUGUCCCCAUAUUAAACUGAUAUGCAGCUCGUUUGAAUCCCGUUCAUAUUAUGACAGAUGUGAUGAUUUGAAAUAGAAGAACCUUGAAAAAUAUGGAAGUUAAUUUGCAAGGCUCCCAAUAGUGAUGAGUCGGGAACUAAAUGUUGACCUGCAGGUCUCGCUUACCUUAAGUCUGCAGCAAUUUUAUCUAUUAUCAAUUAUAGUUUAAAAGAUAUUCCAAUGAGCGCCUUGGAAGUCAAAUGGUUUGGUUUGGCUGAAUCCGAUCCUAAAUUACGGCACACCCUUUCUAAAUAUCAAUUUGCUAUUAUCCUUAAGAUCAAGGUUGCGAUUAACAACAACAUUCAGAAUUUCGUCUCAUUAAGGCCCGGGAUUAAGUAUAGCGGCUGUCUUCACUGGAUCAUGCUCAAUCAAUAUAAGAUAUCUGAUGGGUUCUGCCUCGACACUUUUUAUGCAAUCCUAAUGUAUGGAGACAUAGGUUGUAAGUUUCUCCAAAAAAAUGAUGGGAUUUCUGUAGUUUAACAUCCACCGUUUACGGGAGAUUUAUUGUUUAUUCAAACUAAAGAGCUUAUUAGAACUCAACGGGAUUCCUUUUUGAAUCUUUUCUCAGUGAUAUUUCUUUAAGUUUAAAUUACACCCCUUUUUGAAACCGUAGUUCCAUCAUUACCGUAAAUAGAGAAAAGUGCCAAAUUAUGAAAAAGUCAGUGCUGGCCGUUCCAAGCUCGUUACAAACUGCGAAACUGGAAACGACAGGAAAUUCCAAAGAGCGAUGAGAGAGGAAUUAAUGCAGUAGCGAAGGUCGCUGAUUGGGUUCAAUCUACACGAAAGAAAAAUAGAGGUGAUGACAAAGAUCUUCUUCAUUUGAAACGUCUAACUUGCCAAAAAUUACGGUUGUUUUUUCUGUACUUAUAAAGAUUUCCUUUCACAUAUUGUUUUGCCUAUCCCUCAACUUAGACUGACAUGCAGCUCGUUUGAAUUCCGUUCAUAUUAUGACAAAAGUUAUGAUUUUGAAAUAGAAGAACCUUGAAAAAAUACCGAAGCUGAUUUCCAUGACUCCCCAUCAAAAAAAAUGAGUUGGGAACCAAAUUUUGGCUCACAGGUCUCAUUAACCUUAAGUCUACACCAAUUUUAUCUAACAGAGGAAAAUCUGAAUAUGUGAAUGAAGGCCUUGGAAGGCAGAUCCGAUACUGGAUAGUUUGGCUGAAUCCAAUCAUAAAUUACGGCACACUUUUUCCUAAUAUCAAUUUGCUAUUAUCCAUGAGAUGGAGGUGGCGCUUAAAACAACAUUCAGAGCGUCGUCUCACUGAGGCUCUGGAUUAAUUAUAGCAACUGUCUUCACUGGAUCUUGCUCAAUUAUUAUAAGGUGCCUGAUGAGUUCUGCCACGACACUUUUUAUUCAAUCCUGAUGUAUCGAGACAUAGGUCGAAAGUCGCUGGGUAAAUUUAUGGAAUUUCUGUCGUUUAACAUCCAGCGUUUAUGGGAUAUUUCCUGUUUGUUCAAACUAAAGAGCUUAUUAGAACUCAUCAUUGAUUAAUUUUAAUGUCAAUGAAAGUGAGGGAAGAUAAAAUGACUUAUUACUUAGGACCUCAAAUAGGAAAAACAUAUUUAAAUUAUUGCGUUACUGUAUUAUUUGGACUAAGUAGGAGGGCCAAACCAGAAAAUAUUUUGCUCGACGUAGUGAAAUGGGUGGUACAGCUUAACAACUACAAACAUGAUAUUCGAAAUUCAGAACGGAGUUUCCCUUAUUCACUUCGUCGAAUUAAAUAAAAUACAGGAUUCAUGUUUUUGGAAAAUGAAAGCGAACUGUGCAAGUGCAGGGCUAACUUCUUUUUCGGCGAAUAAGGUUACGCCAACUUGUCUGGUCCAACACAUCGACUACCAUUAUCCGCAAGAUUUUGUGAGCGAGACUGUCGGUACAUAAGAUCUAUUUUUAUUGCCAUAUUUUUGUGAUAAUUUUCUUUUUAUCAAUUAUUGACGCUUCAAUUAAAAAUUGAAAAAAAGAAAAUACUGAAUCUAUGGAUCGAUCUUGAAAUUUUGAAGGUGUUGUUUCUGAGAAAUUCGAUGGAACUUGGCUUUUUAUGUAACUGCACUAUCGGAGUAUUUUCACCUAAUGUUCUUAAGAAUAUGUUUAUAAUGUUAGUGUCCUAAAUGCACUCCAUUGACUGUACUUAUAAAGCAAUUGAAGUUAAUGUUAUGGAAAGUUGUGUGGCAAAAUCCCUUUUUCUAAUCUGUUGAUGAAAACCGAUAGAAUCGUACAAAGGAAGACAUGGAAAACGUUUUCAUUCGCAGACUUUAAACGCGUACCCACGUAUGUUAUCUGCAUGGGCAGGACUGACAGGUGUUUAUUUUGUUAACAUCCCAUUUUCAAUACUAAUAGGUCAGUUUCUAUUACAAAAUGUAGGUGGUUGACAUGAACUUGGUGACAUACUAAAAGCGUGAAUAUUGAGCUCCGUUGACUCGAGAAAGCAUGGAAUUUUCAGCCUUUCUAAUAUUCGCAGUCUGGACUUCAUCGAUGACUUAUUUGACGUUUGGUAAAGGUGAGUUGGAAAAUGCGAAUCACUUUCUAUCCCUAUAUUCAUACUUCAGCCCAUGUUAUCUUAUUUUCUACCAGUCUUUAUUUUUAUUCCGUUGAUUCACAAAAGUUGAUGCACUGAGCUUAUAAAGUGUCGCUAUGAUAAAACUAAAACCUGAACUCAACAAACAUGAUUUUUAAAGGAAGGAACCUCAGUCUUUGAACUUCUUUUGUAGAUAUUAAAAGUAGUUAACAAAGGGGUGGUAUUAUGAUUGACCAUAUCGAAAAUUUGCAGUUGUUACAAAAAGGAACUCAGAACUGCUACCAUGAAGAAUUGCUUCAUUCAAAACCACUUCAAUCUCAAUCAAUUUAAUCUCUUGAAACUCUUAAAUAAAGGUAGUUCUAAGUUAUUGUUUUUAAUCACAAAAAAAGCGACGCAAUUUACAAAGUUUUAAGACACAUUUGACUAAUGAGUGUUCUUCUCAUCAAAUGCUUUGUUUGAAUUACGUUCUCGACGUAUUUGCCCCGAUAGUUUGCUGAAAUCUGAGAAUUUUGUACUAAGGGAUUUGUUCUUAGAACAUUUUACUCAAUUUAAUUUUUUUCGACGUAAAAGUAUGCCUUAAAAUCAUGUUUCAAUUUGUCUAUUUUAGAGCGAGAGCGCAUAAUGGUGUUCCCGGACUACUACUUCUACGCUGAAAGACGUUUGGUUAAACACACCAUUCAAAAGAGACACGUCAAGAACUUGGAUGAUUGUGAACUCUUUUGCUACCUGAACGACAACUGUGUCAGUCUUAACUUCAAAAAAGAUCCUGACAAUAAUGAACAAGUUCAUAUCUGUGAAGUAAAUAACGCCACGCAUCUGAAAUAUGACAGUGACUUGACAACUGAUGACAAUUUUUAUUAUCGUGGCUCGAUGGUGAGUUACAAAUCGAUUUUUCGAAAUUGUCACCUAGGGAUUAUAUAAAAACAAUAAUUAAUGUUUAUGCAAAUUUGCGUGCACUCGAUAAUUCGGUAUUUAGUUUCUUCUUUCAGCCAAUCCCUCCAUCUUCCUUUCGUUAUUUCGGUAAAAUUUCCGCAGAGCCCCAUACUUCAUUAUGUAUUCAGCUCUUGAAUAGAGAAAACAAUGACAAAAACAAUACAUUUCCAUUGGGAAAACAGAUUUGUAUUACACUUGUAUGGGGCUGUGUGGAAAUUUUACCGUUACUUCUUUUUCUUUCUUUUUUUUUUCUCCUCCAGAACGCUUGUGACAAGAGUUCCAACUGCCAAAAUAACGCAACUUGCCAGUCUGGAUUUACACUCAAGGGAUAUAAAUGCUUGUGUCCUCCUGGAUUCGAGGGAGAACAUUGUGAAAAGGGUAGGAGUCUAAGUCAACACUUGAAAUGACAUAUAUGAGGGAUUUUUUCUGAUUUUCGAUGCUGGUAUGACAACUCUCCUUUAGUUGUUUAAAGUGGCGUGAGUUCAUUUCUUUGUAUAAGGUGCAGAAUCUUUCCAAAAGAAAAUUUCUUAUUACAUUUUAAUGAGUGUGUGCAUUGUUUCCUUCGCUCGCUCUUUUGUAUAUUUUAAUAUAUAUAUAGUUUCUUAACCUUGAACGUUCGACGCCUCUCCAUGGAAAAGUAAGAUUAGUCCGUAUAAUGGUCGUGUACUUGUCGUAGUUCGUAUGGUAAUUGCUAGGAAAAAAAUUGUUUGAUUGAAAGAUCUCACCAGAGAACCACUUACAAAAAUAAAACUGCAAAUAAAUUAAGGGUUUUGCAAAUUGCGAAUCGCAUGUAGCUCUUUGAUAGAAACCGAAAUGUUUGUGAUCGGGUGAUAUUGCGUUUUCGUCUUUUUUCUCGGUUCUUUUAGUUAUUUUUCGAAUGCAAAACCCCUGGCAAAUGCGAUGUGCACGCUAUGUGUAAUAACACAAACGAAUCGUACGUGUGCACGUGCAAACCUAGAUAUACUGGAGAUGGAACGAAUUAUACAUGUACAGCCAAUAGUCUCAGAAGUCGUUAGAGACUUGAUUACUAUUAUAAGGAAUUCUUAUUUGGUCUGUUUCUUUGUCCAGUUCCUCUGAUAUCGUGGGAAGCUCUGAUUUAAUUUUUGUAACAGCUGAGGCAGCUUCCCAACCUAAAUUUAUUAACUGAGAGAUGCGGUGAUAAUAAUUUACUUCACCUUUUAAGGCAAUCUCGCAUUUAUGUUGUCACAUGAAUUUGACGACUCACAUUGAAUGUAAUCUGAAACACGGUAAUGGCUAAUGCUCGUUUUUAUUUUGUCUUUGGUUUCUCAGAUAUUGACGAAUGUAAAGGAAAUCACUCUUGCCACGUGAACGCUAGAUGCUUAAAUACCAUUGGAUCACAUGUAUGUGAAUGCCACCCUGGAUAUACUGGAAAUGGACGUAAUUGUACAGGUGAAUUUGAUAGGCUUCCUUCAGCAUUAAUGAGAUUCCUAAAAUAAUGAUAAGGUAAGCCAGAAUCAAAUACAACAACAUGACAUUUGGAAUAGCACGGAAAUGUGGUCAUGGAUGAUUUCUUUUUGUCCGUUAUUUCUUUCGUUGCUUAUUUAUCGACUUCUGAGCUCCUACGGCAAAAUAAGAGCCGUUUAUUGUGUAUGCUUUCGGUGUUACUUGCUGUACCAACGUGAACAAAUUAAAAAAAAAUAACGGAUUGAUUUACAGGUCCAACCCGAGAACCACAUGAAACCAGGAAAUUGCAAACAAGUUCUCCGCUUUUUUCAUACGUGUACAUAUAUUGCUCUUGAAUAAAAACCAAAUCCCAUUUUUCAUUCUUUCCCUUUCUCCCUUUUUUUUGACAGAUAUUGACGAAUGCAAAACAUACCCAGGCAAAUGUCACGCAAAUGCCACUUGUAACAACACACACGGAUCACACGUUUGCACAUGCAAACCUGGAUAUACUGGAGAUGGACACAAUUGUACAGGUACAGUCAAUAAUCUCAAUAGCCUCCAGAUUCUUUUCGACAAUUAUAUAUAAUGUUUUGUUUGCUUUUGUUGCUGUCGUUGAUUUUUGAUACCAUGGAAAGCCAAGAUUUAAUUUUUGUUAUGUAGGGAAGGGCAGUCACCCGACUUUAACUUUUGAAGUGCUUGGCUUCGUAAAAUUUCAUAAAACGAAUGCGUUAAACAGCAAAAUGAAGAUGGAAAGAAAAAUUCAGUGUAUUUACAGUAUGUAUUCAAACAAAAUUUUACAAUCGGUGACGUCAUUCGUAUUGACUGCCCGUUAAAAUAUAGUAAACUCCUGUGUAACCAAAAAAAACAUUAAAAUGUAAUUAAUAAUCAUGCUCCAUAUAUAUAUAUGGAAAGAAAAAUUCAGGGUAUUUACAGUAUGUAUUCAAACAAAAUAUUACAAUCGGUGACGUAAUUCGUAUUGACUGCCCGUUUAAAUACAGUGAACUUCUGUGUAACCAAAAAGAGAUAUAUAAAAUGUAAUUAAUAAUUAAUCAUGCUCCAAAAUGAGGGCGUGGCAAUAUUUUUAUUGUAUCUUACCAUCGUAAUGGCGGAUUUUUCAAGCUGUCGUUGAUAUCCGAUUUUUUAACGGAAAAUCUUGCAUUUUGUUAAAUAAUUAAGAUUAGUUUUAAAUACUAGGGGUAUUAAUUAAGUGUAAUCGGUUUUUUAUAUUGUACUGGCAUUCGCCAGUCGGCAAUCAUUGGUCAAAAUUCGUGGGUGACACUGUACACUUUAACAUUAUAGAGUUUUGUUAUGCUGCCCACUGAGAGACUUUUGACGGUAAAAUAGUAAUUGUUAAAUUUGUGGCCCACCACGGGAUUUUAGGUGAUAAGGUGAACGCACGCACACUGUACUCUCGCACGCUAAUUCAAAAGAAUUGGCUUGAACACGUGAGCUGCGUGUUAGUUACUUGCCUCAUUGACUUAGCAGCCAUUGUCUCGCUUCGCACGAUAGAAGCAAAGGAGCGUGUUAAGAUCUUAAUCGCAACUUUGCACGAAACAACACAGUGACCGUGCCAAUUUUAUGACACGCUUCUUAAAGUUGAAGUUGCUUUCGAUUUGUACAUGGAGCGGGAAAUCUGGGCUUAUUAACUGCGCGAAGCGAUAAGGAUUAACAGCUUACAAGAUAAGAGUUAAGUUUUAAGAAAGUAAUUCGUGUGUUCAAACUGAGCUCCUUUGGACCUUGUGAAACACGUCGUGCUCAUUGAAUUCCUUGUGAAAAUCCUGAGGAGAAAGAGCCGUGAUUUUACGUGAAUGUUUCUUUUUUUAUUACAAUUGUUGGAUAGGACAGAUCUUCUUUAUUUUCGCUUAUAUUCUGUAAGUAGUAUACUUCACAAACACCAUUCUCUCAAUUAAGAAGCUGGCAAACACAUGUAACAAAGUGAAAACUGGGGUGUAUAAGAUAAGCUGGCGUGUUAAGGAAACAAAGGAACUUAACGUGUUAAAAAAAAAAAAAAAAUUAAACAAGUAAAAAAAAAAAUUAAAAUCUUGCGUGUUAUAGAAACAAAGCUGUACCGUGUUAGCCAGACAUGAACAAUGGCUACAACACGCUUUCCAAAAUCAAUUGUUUUUAUGCGCAUAUUUUCACGAUAAGUGUGUUCUGCCAUUAGCGUGCGAGCGUGUUAUAACAUGCCGUAUGCGUGCGUUGAUCUUAUUUCCUGAAACCCCGUGGAGGGUCACAUUUUGUGGAAAACCAACGAAACCAAUGGUGGGGCGCGCUGUUUGGGAAAAAAAUUAUAGCUAUAUAAAAACACAUUUUGCAUCAAAUACAUUAUUUUGCACUAUGACGCAGCAUGCAUUUUCAAGGUUCAAAAUGGAUCUCUCUAAUCAACAGCAAAAAGGAAUUAUUUCACCUAACAAUGAAUUUUUUUGCUCCCCAAUUAGAUCCUGAAAUUAUUUUCAUUGUUUUGCUACUCAGAUGGAUAAAUGGCUGAUAUUUAUUUCUUCAAGUUUUUGUGGUAGCAUUCUGCUCAUUUCAUUAUAGAUAUUGGUGUUAAAAGACUACGAGUAUCAAAGUUUGUGACGUUUAGUUCCCUUUAUCUACUAGUGACAUUCGUUGUUUGAUUUUGACUUAAUAUGUAUUUUCUCUUUCAGACGUUGACGAAUGCAGUGAAGCUCGUACUGUUAAAAUAAACAAAUGCCAUCCAAAUGCCUCUUGCAUUAAUACCGAGGGCUCAUUCAACUGUUCCUGUAAGACUAAUUACGUUGGGGAUGGUUUUAACUGCGAAGGUACGUUUGGUAUCCACCAUUUGAUCAAUUACGUUCGGUAUUUUGUCAGACUGUUUAAACCGUAAUCGCUCAGGUGGCCAUAAGUGACCGUAUUGUUGCUUGGCUACAUUUAAAUAACAUAAGCAGCUAAAAUGCACCAAAGAACAGCUUUAGGCUAAAGUUGUUCUUUGGUGCGUUUUUGAAGAAAAAGGAAACACGAAUUUAUACACUGCUAUAUGUAGUUAAUACCAUGUGAUAACCUAUGUAGAUUUUUCCACGUCGUUGACUGAAAUUUCCCUCACAAGUACUUCCUGACCUCUUAUUUAAUGCCUAAUAGUUAUCAGUUGUUCUUGUAAAAUGGCAGUUCAAGUUUUGGUCGGUGAACUACUAGAAUAUUGAGACAGAAGAACAGAUCAAUUGACCAUUGAUUUUUAUAACUAUAAUCAUCUUUAACUUUGUAGCCGAUCCAUGUAAUUCUUAUAAAGAGCUGAGUGAUGCCAAUAGAAGAAGUGAUUAUAUUACACCGCUAUCUGGAGCAAUAUUAUGUGACAGAAAUCUUGAUGGAUGGUAUCGUUUUGUGGGAGCUGCAGGAACAAAAAUGUCAUCAAUGCGUGUACAAGUAAACAGAUGUGGUACAACCUGGUCAGGUUGGUUGGAUGGUGCUCAUCCUACAGAGGAAGAUGGUGAAGUUUACAUGAAGGUCUGCUUUAGUGGUCGUCCCACAGGUUGCAAGUUCUUUGAAAACAUUCCUGUAAAAAACUGUGGAUCCUACUUCAUCUACAAACUUCAUCAACCACGUCAUUGUGAAUCACGCUAUUGUGGUACAGACUAAAUGUGAAGCAAAACGAUUCAAGGGUCGUAGAUUGAAGUUCUGCUUUAGUAAUCGUCUAUCUAAGACCCUACUUUGCAAAUACUCAAAAAAGAUUUUCGUGAAAACUGUGGAUGCUACUUUAUCUACAAACUUGCUCCGCUGAGAAACUGUAACUCGUGCUACUGUGUCACAAAAUGAAUUUGAAGUGAAAGAUUCGACCUAUCUGCAGGAUCACGUAUUUGAUGGAUUUUACGUAGUCCCCCCUUCAUCUUACCGGUUGUUAUUAUUACUUCGGUAGAUGUUAUCCACUGAUAGCGUUCUGUCAGUUUGUGCAACUAUAAGUGCUUGGAAUUUUUGUAUUAAAAUAAUUCUCAUUCGUAAUAAUUAUUUUGUAGGACAUGGUUGCUACCAGAAUAGGCCUUUCUAGCUUCAUACUCCGAAGAUUGGUCACGUGCGAAAUGGGUAAACAACUGUCGCGGCCAUAACAAAUUAAUUGUGAAACGUUAGGAAUGGUCGACUAUUACGGCGGCGCCUGUAACUGCCUCAGUAUUUACACAAAUUCGGAUUUGCAUUUUCUUUAAUAAUGCUAGAAUAAUAAAAUUAACAUAGUUUUCGUUUAUGCUAAUAUGCUCAGAAGUUAUACAUCCAUGUUAUAAUCUUCAACCACUAAUCGGAUUAAUUUAUGGUUUGACCUGCAUGAGUAAAUAGUCUUCGCCUCGUCUCGAUUUCUAAAUGAGAUGGUUUUUUUUUUUCACUUCCUUUUAAAACAGACAUGGAAUCUAGGAAGAAAAAAAAACAAUAACAACUUAAGAGUAACAUCUAGUACCAAAGUGUGUUUUGAACAUUUCGAAGAAGAUAGAUAGAAGAAGAUAGACAGCCGAACUAGGAUAUGGAUAAAUAGCUCCUGUCUGUUGUGCCCGAGGUCAACAAGAGGCUAUUUCAAAAGGAAAUAAUGUUUCUUUUCUAGCACGAUAAUGUUAGGUAUGGCUACUACAGGGCAGGAAAAUUCACGGAAAAAAUAAAUCACCUCUUUAAGUCGGAGAAAAUUUACAUCAAUAAAAGAAGUAAGGGAAAAGUCAAAUUUCAAGUUAAUAUGAAGUUGUUCAUUUUGUCUUGGCCAUCUUCAAGAUUCAAGAUCAAAAAUGGUAACACUUUCCUUUUUGAUAUUGAUUAUGUACAUCGUUUAAAACAGUGAUCAGAUUAGAGACCGCUAGCUAUAUUCUUUCCUUUGUUAUACACGUUGAAGUUGGGUUGUGAAUUAAGUCAUACAUUUUCUUUUUCUUCUAUAUUUAACCUUUUUUUACCUCUGAGAUUUUUUGGUACAUUUUAAGGAUUUGAAAGAUGUUAGAUCGGUAAAAUAAGUUGAUGUUGGGUUUCCAAGAAAUUUAACCCUUUUUCCAGGCUAUCUUAAGGAAUUAUCAAUUCGGGUACACUGUAUGUGACCUGCUUAAUUUAUGGGUAGAGAGGAUUGCUGUGAGGUUUGAGAUCAUUAUCAGGAUGCGCUCGUAAAAUUGUAAAUUUAAUUGGUACUACCAAUUUACGUCCAAUUUACGUCGGUCAGCGAUUUUUAAAAACCGACGGCUGUGGCAACCUAAUGGUAGGGAGUGUUUUGGUGUCAACCCAUCUACCGCUUAGUUUCUUUCUGACGUGUAUCUCUUAAACAUCUAAAGAAGCCCAGCUUAAACCGAGCGUCAGAAGUGAGAUUUACAAAUCUUCUCGGGAUCGCUCAUCAGUUACUCGUCGAUUUAUAAUAGUUUGGAUUGUAUAGGUUUUCUUGAUUUCUUGAUUAGAUCUUGAAUUUUAAGAAAACUCAUGAACGACUGCCAAUCAUUUAGUUAUUUGAGUACCGUGACCGCACGCAAUUUCUAAGUAUUCUGAGCAAGCGCAAACCGAGCGUUUGACAUGAGAUUUAUAGAUCUCUUCGAGAUCGACAAAUGGCAUUUCGGGUUGUACAGAUUCUCUCUUUUUCCGAAAAGCUUUAGAAAAAAAUUUGCAACGUCGGUCAAUCAGUUAUUUAAAAACCGUGACCGAAAGUAUUCCUCAAGCAAUACUAUAUAUAUGUAUAUAUAUGUAGGGAGUCUGCAAGUCGAUUUUCGCGUGGAACAGUGCUAAAUACGUUGAAGCAGAGCGGAAGAAAUGUUUUAAGAGGAAAAAAGGCCGCAACUACAUUUUCCCGACAGGCCUGUUUCGUGAAUCGCUUCACUCUUCAGGGGCUUAAACUUCAGGGAUUAAACCCCUGAAGAGUGAAGCGAUUCACGAAACAGGCGUGUCGGGAAAAUGUAGUUGCGUCCUUUUUUCCUCUUAAAAUAUGUAUAUGUGUGUAUAUAUAUAUAUAUAUUUUUUUUUUUUUUCAUUUUAAAUUUCUUUAACUGGAAAUGUAAAAACAAAACAAAGCAAAACAAAUUCGCGUUUCCCACCGAAGAAUAAGGCAAGCUGGAAAAAACAUAACAGAUAAUUUAUUAAUGAAGUAAUUUUGUGUCUCAUAGAAAGACAUUAAUAGCUUCGGUAUAUCUGCCUCGUCUGUCAUCUUGAACAAAACAUUUACUAUGUUAAAUGAUAAGGAAUAUUUACUGUUUCUUCUGCAAUGGCAAUUUGUGUGGCAAAAUCCCUGAGUAUAAUCUGUAGGUUAACACCAAAAGACUCAUAGCGCGCCAAAUCCAGUCUUCCUUUAAAGCAAAACGGAAAACAUCACAAAUGCGUUUAUGAGCAGAAAUUAAAACGCGUGCCCACGUAUUUUAUUUGCGUCAAUCAUUUCAAUGGCACUGAACUGACUGUUAUUUACUUUGUUAACAUCCCAUUUUCAAUGCAAAAAGGUCGGUUUCUAUCACUUAAUCCAUUAUUGAAUGCAGGUGGUGUUAUUUCUGUUUAAAACUAAUUUAUUUCCGCCCGUGUUAUUUCCCAUCACUCUUUAUUUUGAUUUUGCUUAUUCACAACAGUUGAUGCACUAGGCUUAUAACGGGUCGUUAUGACAAAACUUAAAUCUUGAACUCAACAAACAUGAUUUUUAAAGGAAGGAACCGUAGUCUUGUAAACUUGUUUUGAAGACAUUGAUGGUAUAUAGAAAGGUUGUGAUACUAUGUUAGUUCAUUAUAUUUACCAUAGCUAAGCGAUUCUAACAACCUACGUUGACUAGCAAAAGUAAAACUUUUAAAAUGUCAUUCUAGACUUGUACGCUAAGAAAACGUUCGAAAACUGGUAUAAAUCUGUUUAUUAACGCAAGACAAGAAUGUUUUUUUUUCAGCUUCAAUUCGCAUGAAUUUCCUCUGUUUACGAUAACUGUUCGAAGAAAAAAGCCACAGGGAACCUCUUCAGCUUUACAUUCUUUUGAUAAACACUCAAUAGUCAAGCACAUGUUUACUGAAACUGGUGCUUGACUUUGUCAUAUAUAUAUGUCAUUUCGUGCAUUUGAUCAUUUAGGUGGUUAAUAUCUAAAAAAACUCGCCUUCAUUUUCCUUCGAAAAUUGGACCGUACUGGAGACCUAAUAACCUUCUUGGACUGAAGUCGUUAAUAUAAUGCAGAAGGAGCACAAUAAGGUUUUACGGGGGUCAGUAAUUAUAUAAUUAUAACACCUUUGGCACCCGACCACAGGGGACACUUUCAAGGAAUUAAUAAUAACAAUUCAUAGUCCAAGAAGCAUUACUCCAAAUCAAUCCGUUGCAUUAGGUUAAAUUUUUCACCUGGUAUUAUUUUAGCAGUUUAGCUUUUUGUGCAAAGAGCCUAAACAGGAAGAGGGAAGUUCAUUUCUAAUAUAAAUGAUCCUCUUGGCUUGAAACCAACAGUUUCUAUCGUAACCAUAGCUACAGACAGCGAUAAAAGAAUACGCAUUUGGCUCAAUAACACUAAAGUUGGGCACCACAGACCGUUGGAUCUUUGAAGGUAAGAAAUGAUCAUACUUAAUGCAUGGAUAACUUGAGUUUGGCUUUCAUUCCAUGAUACAAAUUUAAUAUCCACUCUUGACUCCUCUAUUUCUGUGUACUUGAAAUCAAGCGAAAGUGAAAUUUAUCGAGCUUCCAAAUGUGGGUAUAAAAAACAUUUGGCGAGAAAACAUCUUCAGCUAUUUGAAAUAAACUAGAUCGUUAUCCUUAAUUUUCAGUUUCAUACAACGGGAUUCCUUUUCAAACCUUUUCUCAGUGAUAUUUCUUUAAGUUUAUAAUUACACCCCUUCUCGAAAUUGUGGUUCCAUCGUUACCGUAAAUAGAGAAAAAGUGCUAAAUUAUAAAAAGUCAGUGCUGGCAGUUCCAAGCUCGUCACAAAUUGUGAAACUGGAAACGAAAGGAAAUUCCAAAGAGCGGUGAGGGAGGAUUUAAUGUUGUGACGAAGCCCGCUGUUUGAGUUCAAAUUACAGUAAAAAAAAAUAUAGAGUUGACGACAAAAAUCUCUUUCAUUUGAAAUAUCCAACUUGUCAAAAACUAUGGAUGUUUUUUCUCUCUGUACUUAUGAAGAUUUCCUUUCAAAAAUGGUUUUGUCUAAUCCUCCAAAAAUUGAUGACUUUAAAACAGAAGAACCUUAAAAAAUAUGGAAGUUGGUUUUCAUGUCUCCUAAUCAGAAAAAUGAGUCGGGAACUAAUUGUUGGCUCACAGGUUCCGUUACGUCUGCAGCAGUUUUCUCUAACGAAGGAAACCUGAAAAUGUUUUAUAAUUAAGAAGGUAUUCAAUGAAGGCCUUAGAGGCGCUUCGAUCAAUUUUAUGAGGUGUUUUCCCCUGAUAAUUAAAAAAAAAAACAAAGAAAGAAAGAAAAAAAAAAACAAAGAAAAAAAAAACCGAAACGCUGAAUCCAUGGAUCGAUCUUGUAAAUUUGAAGGUGUUGUUUCUCAGAAACUCGAAAGAACUUGACUUUUUAUGUGACUGCAGUAACGGAGUUUGUUUAUCUAAUGUUCUCAAGAAUAUGUAUAUAAGGUUAUUUCCUUAAACGCACUCCAUUGACUAUAGUCAUGGAAAUUUGUGUGGCAAAAUCCCUGAGUCUAAUCUGAAGGUAAACACCGAUAGAAUUGUAGCUCGCUAAAUCCAAAGUCUUUCCAUAUAUCCCAAACGCGUGCCCACGUAUUUUAUUUGCUUCAAUCAUUUCAAUGGGUCUGGACUGACUGUUAUUAAUUUUGUUAACAUCCCAUAUUCAAUACAAAAGGGUCGAUAUCUAUUACUUAACCAUUAUCGAAUGCAGGUGGUGUUAUUUCUGUUUAAAAAUAAUUCAUUUCAGCUCGUGUUAUUUCCCAUCACUCUUUAUUUUUAUUUGCUGAUUCACUAUAGUUGAUGCUCUGAGCUUAUAACUGGUCAUUGUGACAAAGCUAAAAUCCUGAACUCAAUUAACAUGAUUUUUAAGGGAAGGAACCUUAGUCUUGUAAACUUGUUUUGUUGACAUUAGUGGUAUUUAGCAAGGGUGUGUUAUUAUAAUGAGCCAUCGACAAUCUUCAUACAGUCCUGACGCAUCGAGGCAAAUUUAUUGAAUUCCUGUAUUUUAAGAUCAGGCGUUUACGAGAGAUUUUCUGUUUGUUCAAUCUAAAGAGCUUAUUAGAACUCAUCAUAUAUUGAUUUUGACGUUAAUGAAUGUGAGGGAAGAUAAAGUCACUUAUCAAUUUGGACUUAAAGUUAUUUUAGGUUUGUGCGUUCCUGUAUUAUUUCGAAUAAUUAGGAGGGCAAAACGAUAAUAUUUUGUUCGAUGUAGUGAAGUGGGUGGUACAGCUUAACAACUACAAACACGAUAUUCGAAAUUCAAAAAAGAGCUUCUCUUAUUAAUUUCGUCGAAUUAGAACAAGAGACUCACAAUCUAUCCAAGAACGUGGCAUAUUUUAUAAUUUCAGACAUAUUUCAAGGUACAGUCCUAAUAAAGAAUUCGUGAACUUGGCUUUUUAUGUGACUGCAUUAUCUAGGCAUGUUCACCUAAUGUUCUUAAGUAUAUGUUUAUAAUGUUGUUGUCUUAAACGAAAACUACGAAUCGUUUUCUAUCCCCGUCUUAUCUUAUUUCCCAUCAUACUUUGUUUUUAUUUCGAUGGUUGACAACAGUUGAUGCACUGAGCUUAUAAGGUGUCGUAUGACAAGACUAAAAACUUGAGCCUAACAAGCGUGAUUUUAAAGGGAAGGAACCUUAGUCUUGUAAACUUAUUUGGUAGACAUCAAUGGUAUUUAGCAAGGGUGUGUUAUUAUAAUGCGCCAAAUUAGAAAUUUGCAGAAGUAUUUUGUUACAAAAAAAAAAAGAACUGCUACGGUUAAGAAUUGCUUCAUUCAAAACCACUUCAAUCCUAACGCUCAGCUCAUAUUUACAUGGACGGGUAAUCAAUUCUAUCAAAAACAUUUCGUUGUUGUUUCGCAGACGGGAAUUCGCUAAUUUUCAUGGAAGAAAAAUUGGCCAACUUAAUUGGCCAAAAUUAGCCAACUUAAGCGAAGUCAUUUUUAUAGACGAACGAUGCUGGCAUUUGGAACAUACCACUCUUUCUGGUUCUAAGACAUUGUUUAUAAAAAAGGGUAGCGUGGGUUUUGUGGAAUCGAAAAAAGUCUUCCGAGAGUUAAUUUUUGAAGUGUAGGCUUUUAAACUUGCCAAAUAACAAAUAGCUUGAUUGAGAUGAUCCUUAAAAAACUUUUGCACGGAAGCUUCGUGCAAUUUUCAAACUUUUUUUUUCCAAAAUUAAUCUCACAGCAAGGAUCUCCUAGACUGAAAUUAUUCAAGUUUAUAUUAUUCAGUGCUUUUAAAAGGAUGUAGCUGUAAUCAAUAUUUUUCAACUUCUGAAAAAUGAUGUAGGCGGACGUUUUUUUCGAAAUAAGAAACAACAAAUGAAUGACAAAAAACGAUGACAGAUAAAGGAGUUGUUUUAAGAAAACAACUAACGGAAAUAUAGAGAUGAUUAUAUCACUAUGGCUAAGCAAAUUUUAACAACCUACGUUGGCUUACAAAAGUAAAAAUUUUAAAUUGUUAUUCUGGGUUUGUACGUUUCGAAACUUCGAAAACUGAAAUAAAUCUGCCCAUUGACGCAAGACAAGAACGUUUUUUUUCGGCUUCAAUUCGCAUGAAUUUCCUCUGUUCACGAUAACCGUUCGAAGAAAAAAGCCACGGGGAACUUCUUCACUAAUACAUUUCUUUAAUAAACCCUCAAUAGUCAAGCAACUGUUUAUUGAAACUGGUGCUUGACUUUGUCAUAUAUAUAUAUGUAAAUCCGUGCAAUCGAUCAUUCAGGUGCUUAAUAUCUCAUACACUUUGACCAAGGAUGAUCUUCUUUGAAGGAUACCUUAGUGUAUCGCCCUCAUUUUCCUUAGAAACUUGGACCGUGUAGGAGACUUAAUUACCUCCUUCGACUGAACUCGCUAAUGUAAUGCAGAAGGAGCACAAUAGGACUUUACGGGGAUCAGUCAUCAUAUAAUUAUAACGCCUUUGGCACCUGACCACAGACAACACUUUCAAGGAAUUAAUGAUAACAAUUUAUAGUCCAAGACGCGUGACUCCAGUCAAUCCGUUGCAUUAGGUUAAAUUUUUUACCUAGCAUUAUUUUACGAGUCUAGCUUCUGGUAAAAAGAGCCCAAAAAGGAAGAAAGCAGUUCAUUUCUAAUAUUAAUAUUCAUCUUGCUUGAAACCAACAGUUUCUAUCGUAACCAUACCUACCAGACAGUAAUAAAAGAUAACACGUUUGGCUCAAUGACACUAAAGCUGGGCACCAAAGAACAUUGAAUAUUUGAGGGUAUAAAAUGAUAAAUACCGAGCUUUCAAAUGUGGAUAUAACAAACUUUUGGCGAAAUAACAGCACGCUAUUUGAAAUAAACAAGAUCAAUGUCCUUAAUUUUAGUUUCCUAGAAGGGUUUACUUCUCUAGAAAUUGUAGUUCCAUCAUUACCGUAAAUAGAGAAAAGUGUCAAAUUAUAAAAAGUCAAUGCGGGCGGUUCCAAGCCCGUCACAAAUUGUGAAACUCGAAACUACAGGAAAUUCCAUAAAGUGAUGAGAGAGGUAUUAAUGCAGUGACGAAGCCCGCUGUUUGGGUUCAAUUUACGGUAAAGAAAAAUAGAGUUGAUGACAAAAAUCUUCUUCAUUUGAGUUAUCUAACUUGCCAAAAAUUACAGUUGUUUUUUUCUGUAAUUAGAAAGAGUUCCUUUCACAGAUUGUUUUCUCCUAUCCCUCAACCUAGACCAAUAUGCAGCUCGUUUGAAUUCCGUUCAUAUUAUGGCAAAAGUGAUGAUUUUGAACAAGAAGAACCUCGAAAAAAUAUGGAAGUUGAUUUACAUGGCUUCCCCUCAGAAAAAUAAGUCGGGAACCAAAUGUUGGCCCACAUGUCUCUUAAACCUUAGGUCUGCAACAAUUUUAUCUAACGGAGGAAAACCUGAAAAUGUCUUAUAAUUUAAAGGUUCUCCAAUGAAGGCCUUGGAAGCCAGAUCCGAUACUGAAUGGUUUGGAUGAAUCCAAUCAUAAAUUACGGUACACCUUUUGCAAACAUCAGUUGCUAUUAUCUUUAAGAUGAAAAUGGCGUUUAAAACAACAUUCAGGGGUUCUUCUUCGACAAUCUUUAUUCAAUUCUGAUGUAUCGAGAUAUAGGUCGUACGUUGCUCAGAAAAUUUAUGUAAUUUUUUUGUUGUUAAAUAUCCACCAUCUACGGGAGAUCUAUUGUUUGUUCAAACUAAAGAGCUUAUUAGAACUCGUCAUUAAUCAAUUUUGACGUUAAUAAAUGUCGGGGAAGAUGAAGUGGCUAAUAACUUAGGACUUCAAAUUAUUGCGUUCCGGUAUUCUUUCGAGUAAGUAGGAGGGGCAAACGAGAAAAUAUUUUGCUCGCUGUAGUGAAGUGGGAGGUACAGCUUAACAACUUCAAACAUAAUAUUCUAAAUUCAAAAAGGAGUUUCUCUUAUUCAUUUCGUCGAAUUAGAACGAGAGACUCACAAUAUAUCCAAGAACGUGGCAUAUUUUAUAAUUUCAGACAUAUUUCAAGAUACAGUCUUAAUAAAGAAUUCGUGUUUUUGGAAAAUGAAAGCUAACUGUGCGAGCGUUUUUUUUUUUUUUGGCGGAUAAGGUUACGCUAGCCUGUCUGCUCCUACACACCGAUUACCAUUAUCCGCAGGAUUUCGUUAGCGGGACUUUCGGUACAUAAGAUCUAUUUUUAUUACCAUAUUUUUGUGAGAAUUUUCUUUUCGUCAAUUAUUGACGCUUCAAUUAAACUUGUAAGGAGUUUCCCCUGAGAAUGAAACAAAAAAAAACAAAACAAAACAAACACGCAAACGAAAAAACGUUGAAUUUAUGGAUUGAUCUUGAAAAUUGGGAGUUCUUAGAAACUCAAGAGAGCUUGGCUUUUUUAUGUGAUUCUAUGACAUUAUUCACCUAAUGUUCUUAAGAAUAUUUUUAUUAUGUUAUUGUCUUAAACGCACUACAUUGACUAUAAUUAUGAAGCAAUUGAAGUUAAUGUUAUGAAAAUUUGUGUGGUAAAAUCCCUUUUUCUAAUCUGUUGAUGAAGACCGAUAGAAUCAUAGCCCAUCAAAACCGAAGUGUUUCUAAUUGGCACAAAGGAAGACAUUGGAAACGUGUUCAUUCGCAAACUUUAAAACGAGUACCCACGUAUAUUAUUUGCAGGGUCAGGACUGACAGCUGUUAAUUUUGUUAACAUCCCAUUUUUAAUACUAAUAGGUCGGUUUCUAUCACUUAAAUUCAUUAUCAAAUACAGGUGGCCGAAGCGAAAUUUGUGGCACACUGAAAGCAUCAAUACUGAGCUCCGUUGUUUUGAGGAAGCAUGGAAUUUUCAGUGUUUCUGGUAUUCGCAGUCUGGACUUCAUCGACGACUUACUUGACGUUUGGUAAAGGUGAGUUACAAAAUGCGCAUCAUUUUCCAUCCCUAUAUUCAUACUCCAGCCCGUGCUAUCUUAUUUUCCGUCACUCUUUAUUUCUAUUUCGCUGAUUUACAACAGCUGACGCACUGAGCUUAUUAACGUGUCGUUAUGACAAAAUUACGAAACCUGAAUUCAACAAAGAUGAUUUUUAAAGGAAGGAACCUCAGUCUUGUAAACUUCUUUUGUAGAUAUUAACAGUAUUUAAUAAAAGCGUAUUAUUAUGAUGAACCAUAUCGGAAAUUUUCAGCUGUUACAAAAAAAGUAAGAAUUGCUAUGAUGAAGAAUUGCUUCAUUCAAAACAACUUCAAUCCUAACGCUCAUCAGCUCAUAUUUACAUGGAAGGAUAAUCAAUUCUAUCAAAAACAUUUCGUUGUUGUGUUGCAGACGGGAAUUCGAUAAUUUGCAUGGAAAAAAAAUUGGUCCCUCUUAGCCAACUUAAGCGAAGUUAUUUUUAUAGAAGAACAAUGCUGGCAUUUGGAAUAGACCAAUUUAUACUGGUUUUAUAGAUCUGUCUAUAAAAAUGAGGUAGCCCGUCUUCUUAUAAUUUAACCACAGUGUGAGAUUGAAAAAAUAGAACCGCUGACGCAAAAUCCUUUUAGAUAUUGCUUUUCGAGUUGGAGGCUUUAAGACUUGCCAAAGAACAAAUAGCUUAGUUGAGAUGAUCCUUAACAAAACCUUUGCACAGAAGCUUGGUGCAAUUUUCCAAUUUUGUGUUCUUUCAUAAUCAAUCUUAGCAAGGACUCCUUAGACUGAAAUCUAUUCAAAUAUACGUAUCAAGAAAAGCUGAUCAAAUUCAAAGACAAUGCCCUUUGUUUAGUUUCUCAAAUAUCCAUAAAAGGAUAUCUUGAAACAAUAGCUUUAGAGCCAAACAAUGGCUUAUUAAUUCACGAGGGAAAUUCAAACUCUCUGGCAUUACAAUAGCGAAAUUCAUGAGGUAAAUUCAAACAAAGCCGAUUACUGCACGAGCGCGAAAUUUGAAUAUUUAGCGAAAGCGCGUUUGUGUCAAAUCUUACCCUUGCUACUCAGGGAGGGUCGGUCGAGACACAGAAUGUGGCAAAUGAGAGACUGACAAAGAUAGAGUGAUGAAACCAAAUGAAAUUCGUGUGAAUGGUCACGAAUGAAACUUGUUUGAAUUAAACUCAUUCCGUGAAACUGACAAAAUCGCAUCACCAUCGCAAGCAAAAAAAUCGCUCGUGUAACCGCGCUUUAGAACAGGGUCUUGGUUUGCGUUUGUUGCGCACUGAUAUUGACGAAGUUUUUCAUCCUCUGGAAAAAAGAUCAAACAAAAAACAAAAACCGAGAUGAAUUUGAAUCCUUUGAGAGAUGAAUGACUGAACGCCGCUGAAGGUUUUAUGUACCGUGAAGAUGGCAUCUGAUUUUCCAGACGGCAAGAUUUGUGAGACAAGAUAAGAAGUCUAUUGUCUUUUUACUCUUCUGAUCUCAAACGACAUUUUCCACCGACGAUCUUUAUUACAUUACGGCUUAUUCUCGAAUACAUGUCGGAACAUAUGGAUGCUCGUUACUCGCAUUUAUUCCCAUCGAUGUCGACACACUGGUUUCAACAAUGAAGAAUUUUGAAAGGAAACCGAAAAAGAAACCAUCUAAUGACAACGCAAAUGCUUAGAAAGUAUUUAAACCGCGGGCAAAUUAGUUAUUUAAUGGUAUAUGCACUUGGCGCAAAAAAGCAGCAAUAUUCCUUGAUAUCGAUCAGUUCUCAUGAUACACGCGACCGCUUCAUGAUGAGCGAUCUCAGUUCGCGCUUGCCUCUCUAACUGCUUCAAUUGCAUUGUAUUAAAAGUAAUCACUUUGUUUAAGUUAUCCGUGAAUGAACACGAGGCAUAAAAUGAUGGUAACUAAAAAACCUCAGGGUGUAAUGAGUACUGAUACUUGCGAAGUAAUGUUGUCGAAAUUUAAGGUUAAGUCCGCCGGCGGUGGGAGUUUUCUAACUUAUUUUCAUCACAAUCGAGCACAGAGUUGCACACUGGCACAGACACAGCCAUCUCUUAUAGAGGUUUAUGAGGCCGAAAUAAGGCGUCUUCGGGAAGAGAACCACAAUUUGAGAAUCCGGCACAACUCCAUGGCAACUCAGCUGAAUGAAGUCGUAGCUCAGCUUCAACAAGCAAAUUUAAAACUCUGUUGCUGUGAUCAAUUUAUUUUCAAAAGCAGAAAAAUGAUGUGGGUGGACUUUAUUCGACACGAGAAAAGAAAAUCAAUGAAUUAAAGCGAUGAACAGAUAAAUGAGUUGUUUUCACAGAACAAAUGACGGAAAUAAAGAGACGAUUAUAUUCACCAUAGCUAAGCAAUUCAAACAGCUUACAUUGGCUUGCAAAAGUAAAAAAAAAAUUAAAAUUUUGUUCUAAAUUUGUAGCUUAGAAAACUUUCGAAAACGAAUACAAAUCUGAUCGUAGACGCAGAACAAGAAUGGUUUUUUUUCUCGGCUUAAAUUUGCACGAACUCCCUCUGUUCACGAUAAUCGUUCGAAAAAAAAAGAGCCGCAGGGGUGCUCUUCAGUUAUAAAUUUCCGUAAUAAACACUCAAUAGUCAAGCACCCGUUCAUAUAAAGAAAAAGAUGCACUUUAAGACCAUCCCUGGUCAAAGUUUUGAGAUAUUUAAGGCUCCCUAUAAGAGAAUUUAAAUUGUGUUCAUUGCACUGAUGACAACUACAUCAAAAAAUACAAACGUCAGUUAACUCCCUUUGUAGUAAGAAUUGCACAAUGUUUGAUGAGCUCGUCUGAUAGACUCACCUAAAAUCGUACGAGCUUCUUCAAUUGCCAAAUUCAUGUGAAACAUGAAAUAUUUGCCACAAAUGUUCCGUACCUCAGAAACCACCAAACUCUCAAAUAAAGGUAGUUUUAUGUUAUUGUUUGAUUGUAGAAAACGGCGAGGCAAUUUACUAAGUUUUUUAUUACAUUUAACGAGUCAUCGUUCUUCUCACCGACUGCUUUGUUUGACUUACGUUUUUAACGCAUUUGAUACCAUAGUUUGCUGAGAUACGAAAAUUUUUGCUAAGAGAUUUGUUCUUAGAACUUUUUACUCGAAAUUUAACUUUUUUGCGACGGAAAAGUAUGCCUUAUAAUCAUAUUUCAAUUUGUCCAUUUUAGAGCCAGAGCGUGCAAUGGUCUUUCCGGACUACUACUUCUUUGCUGAAAGACGUUUGGUAAACCAUACCAUUGAAGAGAAACGUGUCAAUAGCUUAGAUGACUGUGAGCUAAUGUGCUACCUGAACGACGACUGUGUCAGUCUUAACUUCGAAAAAGAUCCAGAGUAUAAUGAAGCAGUCCACAUCUGUGAACUAAAUAACGCCACUCAUCUGAAAUACGACAGUGACUUGACAACUAAUGUCAAUUUUUAUUACCGUGGCUCGAAGGUGAGUUACAAAUCGAUUUUUUGAAAUUGUCGCCUUUGAAUAGUAUAAUAACAAUAAUUAAUUUUUAUGCAAAUUUUCGUGUAUUCGAUGAUUCGGUAUUUCGCUUCUUUCUUUCAUUUUUAUUUUUCUUCUUCUUUAGAACGCUUGUGACAAGGGUCUCAACUGCGAAAAUAACGCAACUUGCCAGUCUGGAUUUACAUUCAAGGGAUAUCGAUGCUCAUGUCCUCCUGGAUUCGAGGGAGAACAUUGUGAUAAGGGUAUAAGUCUAAGUCAACAAUUGAAAUGAACGCCUAUGAUUUUUUUUUCUUUAUUUUGUUUUUCUUUUUUUUAAUGCUGGUAUGAGAACUGUUCUUUAGUUGCUGAAAGUGGCGUGAAUUUGUCUCAUUGUAUAAGGUGCUAAAUCUUAGAAUGUAAUAAUAUUUAGUAGUAACGCAGUCUUCGUUCACUCGUUUGUAUAUUUUCGUUUUGUUUUGUUUAGGUUUGUCUGAUUUGUUGUUGUUUUUUGUUUGUUUUUGUUUUAUUUUUGUUUUUUUUUUGUUUACCUCGAACUUUCGACGCCUUUCGAGCAGUUCAUAUGUGUGUCGAAUGCUUAAUAUAGUAACUGCAGGGAGAGCUAAGAAAUAAUAGCUUAAUUGAAAGGUCCCACCAGAGAACCACUUAAAGCAGGAAGCUACAAAUAAAUUGAGGUUUUUGCGAAUUGCCGAGUUCCUGUGGCUCUUUGAUAGAAACCAAAAAUCUUAUGUCUUUAGUUGAUAUUUUAUUCAUGUAUUUUUUUUUGUCCUUAUUUUUCUCUAAUUUUACGACAGACAUGCAAACCUGGAUUUACCGGAAAUGGGCAUAAUUGUACAUGUAACCGUCAAUAGUCUCAAAAGCCUUUAGAUUCUUGCUGAAUAGCACAAUUAGAUUUUGUUGUUUGAUGAUGUUUAUCUUGGUAAAGUGGCAAGCCAUGUUUUAAUUGUUCAAAAUGGGUGACAGUUAUCUGACUAAAAGUCAUUAAGAGAUAGGUUUCUGCAUAGCCAACUUUUUUUUCAUCAGGUACGACAAUCUUGCUUUCUCGCAAUCCAGCAAAAGGUUGAAAACAGCCAUGGCUUGCACUCUUUAACACGGUAAUGGCUUAUGCACGGCAGUUUUUGCACAAUUUAAAAUCCCAUUUUUUCAUCUGUGAUUUCAUAGACGUUGACGAGUGUAAAGGAAACAACGCUUGUCAUGAGAAUGCAAACUGCACCAACACCAAUGGAUCACAUGUAUGCGAUUGUCAGCCAGGAUAUACUGGAAAUGGACAAAAUUGCACAGGUGAAUUCGGAAUAACAAGGAAAUGCGGUCACAGAUGAUUUACUUUAAUUCGUUCUUUCUUUUUUUGUCUAUGUAACGUGUUUUGUGCUCCCGUAGCAAAACAAGAGCAGUUUAUUGCGUAUGCUUUAGAGAGUCUUUGCUGUAUCAACGUGAAAAAAAUUGAACAAUAGCGGUUUGACUCACAGGUCCAACCCGAGAAUCGCAUGAAACCAAAAAAUUGCAAACUAGUAUUCCACUUUUUCCAUAUACAUGUACAUGUAUGACUUUCGAAUGAAAACCAAAUCCCAUUUUCAUUCUUUUCUCUUUUUUCCUUUUUUUGACAGAUAUUGACGAAUGCAAAACAUACCCCGACAAAUGUCACGUAAAUGCCACUUGUAGUAAAACGCACGGAUCACACGUUUGCACAUGCAAACCUGGAUAUACUGGAGAUGGACGCAACUGUACAGGUACGGUCAAUAAUCUCAGAAGCCUUCAUAUUUGUUUUGACUGUAUUAAUGAAUUUUUGUUUGUUGUUGUUGGUUUUUUUGUUUGUUUCAAUUUUUUUUAACGUAAGGUGAGGCAGUUAACCGACUAAAACUUGUGUAGUGCUAGUUAACUUGUUUUCUUCAUUUGAGCAAAUCUCUUGUUCUCGCUGACAACAGCCAUGGCUUGCAAUCAAUCAAACAAGGUAAUGACUGAUUCACAGAAAUUUUAACAUAAUUGUGAGAUCCUUUUCCUGUCUUUGAUUAUUUAGAUGUUGACGAGUGUAAAGGAAACUCCUCUUGUCACGAGAAUGCAAAAUGUACGAAUACCAUUGGAUCACACGUAUGUGAAUGUCGGCGUGGAUAUAAAGGAAAUGGACAAAAUUGCACAGGUGAAUUUGAUGUAUUUUGUUUAGUAUUAGAAACUUUCACCUGA